AUGGAAUUUCGACUGGGAUUAAGGAUCACUCUGGUCUUUGUCAUCCUGGUCCUGACUCUUUCCGAUAAGACAGUGGAAGCACAGAGGGCAGGUAAGACAAUUAGGACUGAUUAUUCUGUUUUAAUUACAGGUGAAGAGCUUCAAUGUAGAGCUUCUGUAUGUGACUCAACAUUUCUCUUUUAUUUGCCUUCAACAGGAUGUAAAAACGUCCACUAUGACUUGGCGUUCAUCCUGGAUACAUCAUCAAGUGUUGGAAAAGAUAACUUUGAGAAGAUCCGACAAUGGGUGGCCAACCUUGUAGAGUCUUUUGAUGUAGCGCCUGAUAAGACAAGAGUUGCUGUGGUGCGCUACAGCGACAGACCCACAACUGAGUUCAACUUGGGUAGACACAGGACCCUAGAAGAUGUGAAGAAAGCUGCCCGCAACAUACGCUACUUGGGGGGAAAUACAAUGACUGGGGAUGCUAUCAGCUACACAACCACCAACAUCUUCACCGAGCGUAACGGAGCAAGGCCAGUAGCCAGAGGUAUUCAGAGGGUGGCCAUCCUUCUUACAGAUGGUCGAAGUCAGGAUUAUGUUCUAGAGCCGUCCAAAGCAGCUGCCAAAGCUGGGAUCCGGAUGUUUGCUGUGGGCAUUGGGGAGGCUUUGAAGGUGGAGCUGGAGGAGAUUGCUGCAGAGCCUAAGAAUGCCCACGUCUUCCAUGUGACAGACUUUAAUGCCAUUGACAAGAUCAGGGGCAGGCUCAGGAGGAGGCUGUGUGAGAGUAAGUCAUCCAUCAGGCUCAGUGCCAACAUGCCACUCACUGCAUGACACAUGGCUUCUCUUUGAAGAGCUCGCCUCUCAAUGAAUGAGCACAUGAUCAAAUUAAACUCUUAUUUUAACCUUUAAGAAGUAUUCUGAGGGAAGACCCCAACCACUAAACCCCACCCCGACCACAAAGAGCAGCUGCACUUGCAUGCAGUGUUUUCGUGGCCUCUUUUUUUGACUGAAUGUGAAACGUGAGGGGGCUGAAGCAAAAAUUGGCUUGUAAAUGACAGUUCUCUAACCAGGACAUUUCUGUGGUGUAGCUGCCUUUUUGACUGCUACUCUGGUGCAGAGGUGUUUAGCACUGGAAAGCUUGUCUUCAGCUAACCUCAAUGGUUUUUCCACUAGUGCGCUUUGAAAAACUUUCAACACAGGCCUAGAAAGUAGCCUAAAAAAGCCUGAGAAAUGAGCUUAAACAGGCUGAAAAAUAAGGUAAACGUUAUAUGGUGUUUGCAGUAGUGGGGUGGAAAGCUAUCUGCUAUAGAGUGUUUUCUUGGAGAAGAUAGAUGCUUUGCACUCCAACGCUUGAAAUUCCUGCCUAAAAUUAGACAGACAGGAAAGAAAAGGAUGCCAUGUGUCCCCACCGCAAACACUGAACACAAAAACGGAAGUGACAUGAUUGCACGGUUUCGCACACAGACAAUCCUCACUUUAAUCCAGCUCUAAAUUGUUUCCCGAGCAGAGGUUCCUGUGAAGAAGGUGUUUAUUCAAGAUCCAAAAUGUCUCUUUACUCUUUGUUGUGCUUAUCAUAUUACAGAGGGCUACCGGUGCAUAGCCCAUGAUAAUUCAUUUUUAAAGCCAGAGAACUUUGACCUAAUUUCUUGACUCAGACUAUCAAUCUGUCAACUAAUAAUGUACAUAGUUUUUGACUUUUUAAAACUAACCUGCAUAUACAAGUUAAAAGCUAAUGCUGUGUAGAGCCAACUGAAGUUUAAAUUUACACACAAAACUAUUUCCAAUGUUUACUUUCUGGAAUCUCUUAAUACUUAUGAGUGUCUCUAAGUAUAUCAGUGGUCAGUGUGACUGGUUCAACCGAGCGGUUCGAGUUAUAUUCACUCUGAAAAUUAUAGCCCUAAUGUUUCAAGCGGGUCCAGUGCAGCCGCUCCAAUGUCUAUGCUAGAUGUUUUCACCUUUUAAUCUAUAGGUUUAAAAAUGAGACUACUUAUUAUCUGCUGCACUGAUUUAGGAGAUCAUGUGUGGCCUCACCUACCCAUGAGAUCACUCAACUGACCUUGCACGACCCCAGUGACAAACAAAUCAGGUACCAAUGCUCUUGUCUAACAGCUACAGCACAUUUGAAAAAUCAAAAGUCAUUACAGGGUCUGUUAUUACAUAUGGUAUAAUAUGAUUUUAAAAAGUUUUUCUCUUUGAUGGUGAAAAAUUGUGGUUAUUGGAUGUAUAAAGGUAAAGCUUUUGUUGAUACUGAACCCUUAUGAGAUUAUUUUCAAAGGCAGCUUUGACAUUGCUUCCAUUUUAGCUCACAGUCGGAUCCCUAAAUUAUAGCUCUAGGGCCACAAGUGCAGGGAGUAGCUCAGCUGUGUAGCCUGCUCAGUCUCAGGGCUGUGCAAUAACAUUGUCUAUAAAAAAAAGAAUGAUGCAGUGCCACUAAUUCACAGACUUGAUCUUGUAGAAAACAUAAACCAAGUAUCUCCUCUGAGAUCUUUGAAUAUCACAGUAAGAGACUUUUAGCUCCAAGAAAACAAGCAGUUUUUCAAUUUAAUUACAAAACAGAAUGGAGAAAGACAUAAUAAAGGACUGACUUUAUUGCUAAAAUAAGAAAUAAACAGUGUGAAAUAGAGAUAACACCAACAGUAGAAUUACUGAAAACCGAAUAUGGGCUAGGCUUGGCAUGACACUGAAAAACAAGCCAUGUUAAGAGUGCUAUCCUUAUGAGAGAUGCUGCAAAUGUUAAAAGCCACUCUGACAGGAUGAUUUCCUAGCAGUGUUUUAAGAAAAUUACAGGGUUUGAUUGAGAAUAUUUUGCAGAUAUGUGAUUUAUAAGGAAAGCUGUAGUGCUUGGCUUAGAUAAUAUUCAGGACUAACAGUUGGGAGGAACCAGACAAAUUGUUGGGUUACUAUUAGGUUCAAUGGGCAGGUCUUCUGAACGGAGUGAUUAUAGAGUGAUGGCAAGAUCCUAGUUUGCUGUCAGACCCAAUUGACAAUACAAAAAUGUAUGUUUUCAACUUGUGAUAGAGGAAAGGUUUCAUAGAGUGAAUUUGUCAGCUUUAAAAUAAAUAAAAGGAAAUAGCAUCAAUGAGUCCUGAUUUGUUUAGAUUGAAUAAGAAUUAAUUGAUGCUAAAAUAGGCUACCAGUCUGCAGCAUUAAUCAGCGGGGAUGGGACUUCUCACAGGCAGUUUGCUAUAUCUACACAAGCAGAUAUGUUCAAUGUCAUUCACAGAAUCAAGGUUAUGAGAUUUCAUCACCAGCCCAAUUUGAAAUAUAGAAAAAGACUUUCCAUUCAUUUACCAAAAAUAUUAAAAUGCACCUGGAAAUCAAUCAUCUUUGGGCUUAUUGAUCCUGCUAACAAGUCACAUAGGUUCCACUAAGUAUCGUUACAUUUUUAGAAAAUGUAAAAUGCAGUUUAUGUAGCAAAAUAAUUUCUUCCAUGGAGGGAACACAUCCUCCAUGACCACUGUGCAUCAAAUGAAGCCCAGCUGCAGGAGUUUCCCUUUGACUGUCUGCUGUUAUGAAACAACAGUGUCUACUCCGGCUGCUGGUGCUGUAGGAUGGCCACCCUCUUCUUUAUAGCAAGUCCGGUCAGUUAAAAACCAUAAUCAAUGUUGAAAUCCAUGUUGAAGUAGGCAGGAUGAAAGCCAGUUAGCGAAGUAAUUAGUGUUACACUAACAUUUAAGUUCUGGUUGGUAAGCGUAAGUAAUAAAGAUGUUAUCACUGGUUACAAAUCUGUUCUUGAGGAUUGCAAAUCUUUCCUCAUGGACUACGCAUAUUGCCCCACAUGUUGUAAAUCCCCACGCAUGGACUAUUAACUGUGUACACAGAUUUGCUCAUGGUCUGUACUUGUUUGGACCUGGCAUAUGUAGGGGUCCUUCCUGUACACUCCCACUGAUUACUUUCACAGAGGCUUUAUGCUCUUGCUCAAGUUUUCUGUGGUCCACCUUAUCGUGUAGAGAGGGGUUUUAAUCCACAUUUGCUUUCAAGGAUAACUAUGUCAAAGAAAACCAAACUUUACAGAAACUUUUGUCAAUAGUUAGAAAGUAGCACUUAGUAUUAGUGAUUAAUGAAUUGGCUGAUUUGUGCUCAGCUUUGCUGUGUUGGGUCACGUCCACAAACGGCCUUUUUUGCACAGAAAACAGGACAACCUCAAUUUUGGAGCACUUCAUUCUUUACAAAAAGGACUUCUUCACUUUGUACUUCUCACAUCAAAGCCCCCAAGCAAGACAAGGUUGUUGUCUCUUGUAAUUAAACGCCAUUAAGCACCAUCGUUACCCAACUACUGAAGGUCUCUCUCGGGGCCUGAGAGAGCCAGUGCCAGGAGUCUGCACUCGUUCCACGCAGAGCCAAGCUUCGUCAAACUGUUUAACUGUUUCCCAGCACCUGUGACCCGCAGCCCUACACUCCAACCAACCGUUUUCCUUUGUAUCUGGGCUCUUUUCUCCCCACUGUAAGCGUUUUUGAAGGUGCACACUCGACAACUACACUCACUUACCUGCUGCCAUCUUAUGAGUCAAACCGGGACACUGCCUGAUCUGUCAGUAAAUAGCGCAAGUUGGCACGCUUUUGGGUGUCAUGUGACCGCCGAACCAUACCAGUAUAGUUCAUUUGUGAUAUUGUGGCUGGUUUACUGUGUUCUUAAGGGGUAAGGUCAUAGCUGUAUGGAGGGCUAUUAGUGCCGUUUUGUCUGUGGUGUCUGAUUUAUUAAGGAGUUUGUGUAGUAUUUAGUUAUUGUAGAACUCUUGCCUUGUUGGCAUUAUUUAGUUUUGCCUUGUACAUUUUUUUGCAAAUAGUAUUUUGACAAUUUUUUCACCUUUUUGUAAAUAUUUUUGCACUGCACCUUAGGAAGCCGGCUACAAUUGAAUUGCACCAUCACCGUACUUUUCGACUGCGCCCGUCUUUUCCACUGUUUUUGAUUGCUUGAGAGAGAACCCUGCGACAUCUCUCUCUGUCAUCUGUCAUUGCACCCAUGCCUCCUUCUUGCCACAAUGACAACAGUUAUUUGUCCGUAACACUGUGACAGUUUGCACCUGCCUAUCAAAUGUGUUGAAUAUAGACGCAAAAACACCAACCGCAAUCAGUUUUAGGUUUGAUUAAUCACAUUGCGGGUGAUAAAUGAUUCCAUUAGCAUCUCCUCCUCCCAGUAUUUUGCGCGUUCUGAUAAUCUGCAUACACUCUGCAUAUUCAUGAAGGCUAAAUGGAUUGCACAUGCUAUUUUGCUCAUUAACCUUCCUCCUGUGUUAGCUUUUACUACGCACCCACUAUGUUAAGGGUCGGUUUUGACCCGUGUCUUAAAUCAGCUGUAAAUUACACGAAAAACAUUUCUCUGUCACCCAAUUUGGCUCUUAUCUCUAGGUUACCUUGUUUGGCUUCAUUAUCCAUAAAAAUAUUGCUUAUAAUAGUUUUUGUUGUGGGCCUCCAGGCCUUUCUUUGUCAGUAUACCCCUCACACAGACAUCUAUACUGAAUUGAUCUCACAUGUCUGGACAUGCCUGACGUUUUUGUGCAGAGAAAUACAUGGAAAAAUGAGAAUUUCCUAAAUCUACCAUGAUUGGAAGAGGAUCUGACUGUCAGUGUGGUGCCUGACAGUGCACUUAUGAUUUCAGUUUUUGCUCUAAUUAUUAGAUAUUGAUCUAACUGGAUCAACAGCGACCAUAACAUGACAACUGCCAUAAUUUUAAUAAGAGCAUUUUAUAAUUCAGUCAAUUUAAUUUUUUUUAUUUUUAUUUUGUUGAAAUAGAGGUUCCUGACAAAGUCAUUAAGUCUUGAUGCAAAUAAACUAUUUUAAGUGGUUCUGUUAAGCAUUUAAAAACAAAAAUGGGUUGGUGAAGACCCUAACACAGGAGGAGGGUUUAGAGGUUUUGGAUUCCUGAUACUGCUAUCCCUGAGGUCAUGGUGCAAACAUGAAAAAACAGCAACUUUUCAGAAAAAGUUUUCAGAAUAGGCAAGAAUAAUUUUGGCAUAUAAAGUCAAUAAGACAAUUAAAUUCUUCAUCCUUGGUGGCUGGCACCAGAAUCAUUAAUCGAUAACUGAUAUUCUUAACACAAUUGGCCCAAAAUUCCAGUUAUACAUUCCAUAUAAGCUGCACCAUGUUGUCUUCCUCACUGUCAUCAUCAUCACUAAAUGCGUGUGUGUUAAAACUGUAACUGGUAGAGCUCCAUUGGGCCCAUAGGUAUGUCACCCCCCACCACCUACACGCUCUACUCCAGAUGUCAGACAGGAAGGGGAAAGGUAGUGUGUCUGCUGGGUGCUGUUCAGACCUCAUAUCAGUCCAAGGUGGUUUUCAAUAAAGUCAUUACCAAAACAGUUCAGAACAAUUUCUGUCUGACCUCUUUUGCAGAGUGACUGCUCCUCAUGGGAAAACACAGCACAUGAUUACAUUUCCAACAGUGAUAUACAAGGCUACUAAGACAGUGUUUCAACAGCUCUCUCAGCCUGCACCUCAUUACCAAAACAUUAUCAUACUACAGCAAUGCUAACUGUACUAUUGUCUUUUAUCCUCAGAUGUCCUUUGUCCCAACAUGAAGGUCCAACCUGAUCGCUUUAAGCCCAACAGCACCAGUUAUGGUCUUGAAGAGGUUCCAGGUACGUGCAAAGUGCUGCUUUCCCAACUGCAACAUGCAACAAUGAGAAUUCUUGUCAACCACAGAGUCAGCUUUUUAUUUUUCAAAGCAUUUCCUACAGCGUGUAAUUUUCCUUUUUACAUUGAAAGAAACAAAAAGAUGCUUUUUUCAUGUGCAUAGAUCUAGACACUUUCAAUGCAUUCAAAUUUAUUUUGUUUCUUACUGAUUGGAAUUGGAAUUGGUUUUAUUUAUGAUUAUUUCUGAACAUUUAUUCUAGCUUCCUGCUGUUAUUAUAAAAACCGAGAGCAAUGGGCUUGAAUUUGCAAAGAUAUCCUGAAAUUGAACCACAACCUUUCAUUCUUGAAACUCAGUUACUGUUUUUCAGAGCUGUGGAUUCAUAUUUGAGACUUCAGUUUGUUCUCAUGUGGUUUUAUUUUUCAGGGAUGAGAUGCUUUUAAGUUUUUUUUAACCAUUUAAUGAAUCAUAUUGAACUCCAAGUAAGGGUGUGAGCUUCUUGGAUACCAGAAGACAAGGACACCCACACUGAUAUCUUCUCCAGACUCCUAGACUGUCACUAAGCUCUACAUUAUCUAUGCUCUGGUAUACAUGCAGAAGCAGACUCACAUGUACAAACAGAAACACAUGCAUGCAAAUGUUUACAUACAACUACGGCUCAGGUCACGCAAUGCUAAAAUAGCAACACAUGGUCAGACAUGACCUUUUUCACUCUAGGCUUGAGUCUAAGCUUUCCAAAUAAUUAAAAUAGAGCACAUAAUGUUAUUUAUUUUUACUUCUAAACAUAUCUGAGACAGUUUGAGUGUGAGGAAAGCUCUCAUCUAGCUGUUUUUCUCUCUUGAAGCUGCUGAGUCAUGAAUAUUAGCUGAUAGGUGGCCUGGAAGUCAGCAUGAUAAAAAUCUGGUUGUCUACAAAAGCUCCACUCUAGGUUUUUAAAGGGUAGAGCCCCUGUCAUAUUUAAUGAACUGAGUGAGAUUUGUCAUCACACAUGAGAUACACGUGGAAUUGUUUUUCAACUCAAACCAUUUAAGGAAACUAAGCUAUUUCACAAUACGUCAAACUAUCAGAGCAGGUACUGACAUGUGUUUUUACAGACAGCUGUGGUCUAAGUUCAGUGGUUUAACAGGCUCACUACACAGUGAAGCGUGUAACUAGUCCUUCAUCUUGUGUUUGUUUCCAAUCUGCUGUGUGAAAGGUUUCUCAGAGCUUUCGCUUAGCGUUUAUCCAGAAAGGUCGGAUGUUUUUAUAAGUGUGUCUUUGGGGGAUCUGAGUUCCUGUCUGUCUCCCUCCCACAUCCAUCACGCUAAGAGAAAAAGCAGACACCCAGGCCUGCCUGUUUGGACUUCUGUAAUGCUAAACCACAUGGAAAAAGAUGUGAGAGCAGGAGAAUCAAUGUUUUGCAAGUUUGACUCCUUACACAUUUUGGCUGGCACACAGACCCAUCAAGCCCGGACAAACACAAGGGAAAUAGUUGUGUGGUUUUGAUGACAAAAAUUAGGGAUAUUUUAACCUUUUUUCAAAACUAAAGUAGUUCUAAUCAUAGCUGGCAGGACCACUUCACACUUUUGAGUUGAAGUAUUAGAUCCUCUCCUUUGGGACAGUGCUAAUUGGGUGGUUAUGACCUUUUUCUACACCGCAAAGGAAUUAGUACAUAUUUUAGAUAAAACACAGAGAGCCAUUGACGCUUUCUUGAGCAGAUGUCCCGCUAAAAGCGCCGUAACCAGAUAAAUUCUGUUGUGCAGUUUUUAAAUUUAUCGUUCGUAGCGAGAUCCAAAUUCCCAACCCUGUUCCUCUGGAAAAUUAUACAAGCUAGGUUAUUGUGGAAUACCGUCUAAAUAUAUCAUGUACAAAUCUGUUUAUACCAAUUUUAUAUUUCGCUGUCCAUGCCACGCCACGAAUAAAAUUGCAUUCCCAAAGGAUUGCAAAGUACUAUAAUCCUUUUUGUGUCCUUACUGGCUGUCCUGAUUCAGAAAUAUACUUUCAUAUUGAACUAGCUUUAAUAAGAUUUCAUUUAACAUUACAAAUUCGCAGAGUGUGAGAAUAUUAGUUUUUGUAUUUCUCUCACAGACUAAAGCUUAAACCUGAACUACGAUCCACUAAGAAAAAGUGUUAUCUCAGGGGUCUGAGGUUUUACCAAGUCUGUAACCGUAGCAACAGUUUGAGACAUAACUAGUUAAACAUUAUACAGUAUAUUUCGAGAAAAUACUUGAAAGGCAAUGUCUAUCUAUCAUCACCCUGGCAUUAGACUCUGUUGCCUCCCACUUAUAAUUACUGAACUCUCUAAACUGAUGCAGAGAGAGCGUAAUCGUCAAGACUAUUUGCCACUGAUUGUGAUUUAACAGCCUAGAGACCUGUGGUUUGAGUCAGACUCGUAUUUAUCAUGGGUUGUGUAGUCUGACCCUUCAGGGCACUGUGCACACACAGGAGGCUGCAGAGGUUCCUUGCUGCUCCUUGCUCACUAUCUCAUACCAUCUGCUCUGAUCAAAAGAAUGCUCUGUGCAUGUAUUUGCCUUUCCCAGUCAGUGAACUCAUCUGGCUUUUCCCGCAGAUUGCCCCAUCGGUCGUUUUUGGCCGUCCAAAAUAACUUUUUAGGUUGAUUAUACCCUUUACACAGCCAGUCUAAAUUACAGCUCUGCUCUGUGACGGCCUGCAAACAGCCACAGAAAGGCGCAGAGAGCAACUGUGCACGAAGCAAGCUCAGUGACGAAGAGUGUCAAGGCCAGCAGAAUACACAGCUGCAUGCCUUUUUGGAGCUAACCAUAUGUAGGAUCCUACUUUAUACAUAGGAUCAAGAAACUCAUUUAUAUUGGUCUAUAUUAUGUAUUCAAAUACUUGCUUAAUGACCUUAUAAUUCCCUGAAAUUUCUGUACUGGUCAUGAUUCUAGUUCUUGACCUAUGCCCUGAUGAGAAAACACGUGAACACCGAGACAGCAACAUCUACUAGCCAGCAGAGGUAAUUCUUAAACAUGUAUGUGGACAUCCGAAAUGCAUCAAGUGUCUGGACAAUGUACCCACAGUUUCACCAGCACUGAAACUUUCCCCUUAAGGAGUGUCAUGUGAUGUUGCACCUAUCAGCCACACACCGUUGUUAGCCUCCUCUGACACAGAAAGCAGCUGUGGUAGGAGGUUAAUCCCCUCACUUAUUUAGUAAAUUAUGAAGCGCUUGUUUUGACUGUUAUCUUGGCACAGGGGAAGCCUGUGGUUCUUACCACCUGUUUCAAGGCUAUUUCUAAUGACAUCUGCUUAGCUUUGCCAGACUCUCACACUCCCACUUCACUGUUCAGGUUUCUCCUUAAGAAGAUUAGCUCACUUAUUUUAGUAUUCCCUCUGGAAAACUUACAUCUCUUACAUUUUGCUGCAUAUCUGGGCCAAGUAGGAAUAUGUUGAGUGUGACUUCAUCCUCUUGGCUCAGUAUUGGCACAAUCUGCUGUCAGAAAUUCUUAGACUAUCCAACAAGACCACCAGCUUUCAGCAAGUUUUGUUGGACGGAGUGGCAGCUUUAGUGCUUUACAAGCCCUCAUCCCGCUGGCAUUGCCAUAGCAGCAGCAGCACUUGUUUGCUGUACAAGGGAGUGUCUUCUCUAAACCACCUAAAUAUGGUCUGUGGUUACACCACUUCAAGAAACAUGCCGCACAGCACUGCACACACACAAAUGUGCAUACACUCCUAGACUCACACAAGGACCUCACCAGUGAUGGCAACUCUUUUAUUUUGUCUUUGGCAGCAAAUCUGGAAGGCCAACAUAUGGCUCUGUUUUCCAAUUAGUCAGUAAUACAGUUUUUUCCCUUCCAAAGCCACAAACAGAGUGGCUGCAGGGUGUGGUGGUACUGACCCAAUUAAACCACGGUACACCCCAAGAACUCUAACAAAACCACAACUCAACCCCAUGACCCAUGACCCCCUUUGUGCUCAUUUACCUAUGUGAGAUUGUCUUAGUUUAACCAGGCUGUUUAAACAUAUCACUGCAGGGUUCGACUUGAUGGAGUACUUCAAUGUGAAAGACAUUCUGGGAACCAGAGACGAUGAAGAAGGCCAAAGUUCUUAUGUUCGCCUUGGCACCAUGCCUAUUGUUCAGCAAACAGAGUAAGUGACCCUCGUAAAGACUGGAACAACACACUUAUAAAUCUUUAAAAAUAAUAUAAUGAAUCUGACAUCCAGAGAAGUCAAGGUCUGCAUAUUCAGAAUCCCAGAAAACAUUUAGGUUUGUCAUUCGACCUUGUGUUUAAUGACAUUUUAUCAUUGUGUAAAAGAGAUGAUCCGCACUUUCUUGUUGGUUGGUAAUAUGACGCUUUCUUCAAUUUAUCAAAAUGUUAAGAAGUCAAAAUAAAAUCAUGUGAUUUAAGUCAGAAUGUUGACAGUGUGGAAUUUAAGCAAGUGAAAAUACUGUAUUAAGAAAAAAGUUGAAACCUAAUUUUGACAGUUGUUAAGAGACGAAUUCACACUUUUGUAUUUAACCAUUCCCAGGUGGACAUGCCUCUUCACACCUGCUAGCAGACUUUUUCUAUCCCUUGAUCUUCAUGUUGGUUUACAUAAACUAAGAAAGAGAAACACAUUAUCGAAAUACUUAAGCUAAGAUAUGCUAAGCUAUGACAAAAUAAGCUAAGCUAAGCUAAGAUAAGCUAGGCUAAGCUAAACUUAAAUAAGAUAAGCUUCAAUAAGAAGAAAUUUAUUGAUUCCCAAAGGGAAAUUCAAUAUUAUCUUCUUUUCCACACAAUCUAGUUAAAACCAGCUGUCAAUAGCAACUGUCCACAGAUACAUAAAAAGUGGUCUCUUUUUCUUGAUAAAAGUACCUGCAUGCAGUAAAACACAUCAGCUGAGUGGAAGGGACACGCAGAGGGAUUGUGUGAUCACAAACACACUUUAACUGUAUAUAGCUGUGUACCUGUUUGUAGCAUUUCAUCUAAAUGUCUGGAGUAUUCUUGUUGACAAAUUGGGUUGCCUCAUAGGUGUUUGAUACAACAGUAGUGUACCAAUAAACCAAUGAAUUUGUGCUAAACUUAGGGAACUCUGAAUAAAAAUGUCUUAAAAUCGGAUCCUUUGAAAACAGUAAUGAACAACAUACCCCUAAAGCAUUUCAAAAAUACAACAAACAUUGAUUGGUAAAUGAGUUUUAUGCAGAAGUGUGUCAUUUCCACUUAGCAACAGUCAACUCUUCUUUCUCAAAUUUGUAUUUUGGCCUUUUUCUGCUAUUUCCACUACAUCCUAAACAUUCUCAAACCAAAUCCUCCCCUCUUCCUUAGCCUUUAUGCUCUUUUUUACAAAAUCUCUAGAACUCACAAAUAAAAAGUUUUUAUCACUGUGAACACAGACAUUGUAUUUGGUUUUGAGUUUUUACUUCAAUGACUGAACAGCAACUGUGUGUGUUUGAGUAAGGCAGAGUUUACAGUAAUAUUACAAUGUUCUUUCUCUCUGCAGAGAUGUGUUUCCUCAGGGGCUGCCAGAUGAAUACGCCUUUGUGACAACUUUCAAAUUCAGGAAAACCUCCAGACGAGAGGAUUGGUACCUCUGGCAGGUUUAUGACAAAUAUGGGAUCCCACAGGUGGGUCAGCUCAAUACAAACAGUAAUAAAUGUGCACAUGUUUCUAAAUUUGGCCAAUUAUGACUGGAGAAAGGAUAACUUCACUGCCUGUUUGGAUCCUUUUAAAAUGAGUGGGUGUUGAAUAUGGAAACAACUAUUCAGCGUGGUUAGAUCUGUUGACUCAGACAGAAUUAUACUUUGACUUCUGGCGACAGCUUCUUUUGCUGAAUCAUUUGAACUUCAAAUGAUGAACUUUUAUAGCUCUAAUAUUAACAUUUUACUGCCUCUGACUUGCCAGGUGUCCAUCCGUUUGGAUGGUGAGAACAAGGCGGUGGAGUACAACGCUGUUGGACUGACAAAGGACGCUGUCAGAGCCGUCUUCAAGAACCAGGAAGUAGAAAAUCUGUUUGACCGAAACUGGCACAAGAUCGCCUUGAGUGUAGAGGCCAAGUCUGUGUCUCUAUACCUGGACUGCAAACUCAUCCAGACUCUGCCCAUUGAAGACAGGGAGGACAUCGAUAUCCAGGGCAAAACAGUGAUUGGGAAGAGGCUGUAUGACAGUGUGCCAAUUGAUGUGAGUCUUCACCAGCAUUUCUUCUAUGCAUUUGGACCUAUCUACAAUUUUCCUGUAACCACUUUUUAUGGGGAUAGUGUUAUGAUGAUAAAGAUCUAUUUCAUGAGGUUGAUCAGUUGUCUUUCUUUGUUUAUGAAGUUUGACCUGCAGAGGAUGAUGAUUUACUGUGAUUCCAAGAAUGCAGAGCUGGAAACUUGCUGCGACAUACCCAAUGGACCAGUAAGUAUCGUAGGGAAUUGUCUUAUAUCUCGUGCUAAAUCUGUGAAAAUUGAUCAAAAUUGGGCUGUUCAAGUAAAAUAGUUAAUAGCAAUGAAUUUGUGAAAAGGAUACAAAUGAUUCAAAUGAUAUAAGAUGUUAGGAAAUUUGAUUUCUGUCCAUAGGCACCUAUUGGCAGCGUUCAGAAAUCUUUGUUGACACACAUUGGAGUCGAAUGCUAGUCUUCCAUUUAAAGUUAUGGUAGUUUCCCUAAAACCAAACUGUGGCUUACACUUAAUGCACAAUGUAAUUAUUUCAACCCUCUUGUAUAAGUCUGUAAGUAUUAAAUGUGUUUGUUUCACAGUUUUUUUGGAAACAUUAAGAAUUCUUUGAGCCACACUUUGUGCCCCUGCAGCUUAAUGCUUAUCAUACCCCCCUUCCAUCUUCCCAGAACUCUCUCUUUUUUAGGCUAAUAAGGAUUGUUGGUUUAAAUGUGUACUUUCAGUGCCCCAAGAAAGUUGUCACAGAGGCACCCCCUGUGCAGAUCCCCACCCCAACACCCACUGUUGUGGAGCAACAGAGAGCACCUGCAGUGAACUGCUCCUGCCCGGAAGGGCAGAAGGUAAAGCUACCUCAUUUUCCUUGUCUAUUAUUUCCACGGUUGAGUGGGGAUCCUUUCUUUAAUGCCUCAAGAAAGACAUCUGUAUUUUCAUUUCUCACAGGGAGAGACUGGUGAAACAGGUCCAGUAGGUCCCAAGGGUGAAAAGGUCAUCUACAUUUGCCUUUCAGUACUUGUUUGUUUGAGAAAAUGAAGAGUUCACUUUCUUCCAGAGUUUUCUUUCUUACUCUGCUUUUUCACUGUGUGAACGUACGGUUACAGGGCGACACUGGCCUUAAGGGCGCCAUUGGACCAACUGGGAUCAAGGGCGAAAAGGGAGAAACUGUAUGAAAACUAUAAGUGUGCAUAUUUAAGACCAUAGUUCACAUCUGCAUUAAGUCAUAAUGAUUUAAUGAACAAUUUGUUCGGUAUUGUUGUGGUAAUUGUCAAAAAUAGUUACACAUUUAAUGAUAGUCAGAUUGCAUGCCUUCCAACUAUUAUCUCAUCUGCUUUUAUUUUCCUGCCUCGACAAUAAUUGAUCCUCAUUGAUUAAUUAUUUGCAGGGCAAAGUAAUCUCUGUCAAAGGUGACAGAGGUGAGAAGGUAAGUAAACCCGCUGUCCCUGACUGCAUGAGAAUCAAGCCUGUGUGGAGUUGAAAUGCAUGUUCUAGAUACAAUUUUCUGACUUCUUCUUUUAAAAAAAAUGAAUUAGAAAAACUGGAACCUAUUGUUUCCAAUCUUUUACCUCUUUUGUCUUAAAGUUAUUAUGCUAUCCUUUCUUGGGGAGGGGCUUUGAGAAUGUUCAUGGCUGUUGUCAGGACUACAGUUCAGGUUGCUGAGAGGGUUGAGAGAGAGUUGAAUUCUCACUGUCUUUGUGCUGCCUGACAGUACCAGCACAGAAUCAUCAUUUAUUACUUGAACAAAGUUUUUGGCAUUUAAUAUUCAAACUGUUUAAAUAAGACAUUUAAAAUGACCGCAGGAGGUCAGUUAGACAAGACAUGUUUUGAUUUGUACUCUCUCCUUUGAGCGUAAUAGUUUUCAGAAUUUAUUCAUAAUGAUAAAAGUGUCUGGGAUAUAUUACUGUAUAUAUAAAGUUAUAAUUUUUUUGUGUAAAAGAAAUAAAGGGAGCAAUUCAAUGCUGGAACUCUAUUCAGAUUAACAGCAAAAUUCAUUUGAUGCAUCUUCCUUUUGUUGCUGUCACUGCUAGAAACCACACUGGUUUGAUAAAAAAUGCAUUAAAUCAAGCUUUAAUGCAUAGUAUCCCUGCUGCUUUUCUACUCCUGACUGUCUGCCUGAGCAUCUGUCUUCACAGUUUUCCAGAGAAAGCUACAAUCACAUUCUUGUAAACUUUUGUAAAGCUGAUGAAAAAGCAUGACGUAAGUGCUUUUUAAGCCGUGGUUAAAAAUGGCCUCUGUCCAUCAUCCAGUUGUAUUGAGCGGAAGUGAAUCCAAAUGGAUUUGAAUGCUUAUAAUUUCAUCUCUACCUGACAGGAACAGGCGCUUCUCUGCAUAUAAAUGAUGUCUUCUUUUUUAUACUGUACAGCAGAGCAGGGACUUUUCUCCAUUUUUUCCUGUGAUGGGCAAAGUGACAUGUAAAAAGUACACGAGCCCCUAAAAUAAUUAAAGGGCAACAGCUCAUGACUUGUAAAGUGGUUUUUAAAGCAGAGGAGAGUCUUGUGGUGGGCAAAACCUUGCUGUACUGUGUAAUUUAACAGCUAUUACUUUUCACUCAGUCGGUCCAGCUUUUGAAAUCCGAGGGAUUCCUUGGCAAGUUCUGCAGCUUUGGUGUCAGAAAACCGAACGUGAAACACUCACACGACAAUGGAAAGCCAUUGUUCCUUGAGUUGUCGGUUGGAUGUGCAACCAGACCUAGAGGUUUCUGUGGACAGCUGUUAACAUACACUGGCCCCCAAACAUUUACUUAAAAGUUGGAUAACAUUCCUUUUUUGUGUGUCAUCUUUAGUAACCCUUUGUGUUCUGUGUCUUCUUUAAAAAAUGUCUGUGCUACUGUCUGAAAGAAUGAUUCAAUUCAUUUGUCUUUAACUUUUUUCUGUGUUUUUCUUUCUAUCUAACCGUAAUGUAAUAAACCAGGUUAUGUGAUGCUGAUCUCUAGGUUGAUAUUCGACCGCAUGGGAUUGUCUCCUGUAUCGACCGCCGUGCUGCAUGUUUGUGAUCCUACAGACAAAUCAAAGUAAUCACUCGCCUUCUGUUUACAGGGUGAUAGAGGAACAAUAGGGUUGACAGGUGCUGCUGGACAAAAAGGAGAGAAGGUGUGACACUUGUGUGGCACUGGAAAACUGGAGGAUUUCUCUUAAAUGUCUGAUUUUUUAAAGUUCUCUAGCCGUCACUAAUCAUGUGUUUCUCAUCAUCUGACAGGGAAUCGCUGGAUUUCCAGGUAUUGAUGGAUUGUCUGGAGACAAAGGAGACAAAGUAAGAAAUUUUUUUUUUGUUUAAUUUGUAGAGUAAGCAGCAUACAUUUUCAGAUUUACAUCUGUUUUGUUUUUUUUUUGGAAUAGGGUGCAUCUGGAUCGGCUGGCGAAAAGGGAUUACCAGGCUUAGCUGGACCAAAGGUUUGUGAAUAUGGUUUUGCAACUGUUCACUCAUUUUGAAUUUGAUGACUGCAACAUGUUCUGAAAAAGUUAGGACAGGGGAAACAAAGGACUGGGGACAUUGAGGAACACUCAAAAAACACCUGUUUGUAAGAUUCCACAGGUGAACAGGUUAACUGAAAACAGGUGAGAGUCAUGAGUGGGAAUAAAAGGAACAUCCCUAAGAGACUUUGUGUAGGGUGACCAUAUGUUUUACCCGGACAUGUCCUCUUUUUUGGGGGCUGUCCAGCUUUGUCUGGGGAAGUUUAUAAAAUCCUUCAAAUGUCCACAGUUUUGUAGGUAAGUUUCGAUUUUGGACUGAUUGAGUUAGAAGCGCAUAAAAGACACUCGAUCUGACCCGAAAAACUCUCCAAAUUAACUCCAUGCGACCUCGUGACUCCAGUCAUGUCCUCUUGUUGGAAAGUUAGACUAUGGUCACCCUAACUUUGUGACAACUGUGAAAUACCAAUUACUGUUGAUCUCUUAGGUGGCAUUGCAUUAAAAACCCCUAUCAGUCAAUCAAGGAUAUCACCAUGUAGACUUUGGGAAAGCUUUGAAAAAACUCUUCUUAGUUGACACUGUUCAUGCUGCAUCUUCUAGUCCAAGUUUAAACUCUACCAUGCAAAGCCAAAGCCAGAUAUCAACAACACCUAGAAAUGCCGCCAACUUCUCUGGACCUGAGCUCAUCUGAGAUGGAUUGACGUAAAGUGGAAAGAUGUGCUGUGGUCUGAUGAGUCCACAUUUUAAAUACAUUAUGGAAGUGAUGUCCUGUGGGCUAAAAAUGAGAAGGGCCAUCUAGAUUGUUAUCAGCACAACGUUCAAAAGCAGGCAUCUGUGAUGGUAUGAGUGAGUGUGUGUGUGUGUGGAAGGGGUGCCCAUGGCAUGGGUAACUUACACAUCUGUGAAGGCUUAUUUAUUGGAACAUACAAGUUUAGGAGCAACAUAUGCUGCUAUCCAAGCCACGCAGUAGUCAGGGAUGUCCCUGCUUAUUUCAGCAAGACAGUGCCAAGCCACAUUCUGCACGUGUUACAACAGUGUGGCUCCGUGGUCAAAGAGUGUGGGUACUAGACUGGCCUACUUUACCCACUUUCCCCCCUUGCCUCUCCACCUCCCCGAGGGGGGGGGGUCACACACUUUGGGAAACAAGGCCUAAGAGGAAAGCCAUCAAGGUGUUAGGAACCCCAUGCUGAGGCCCAGUCUACUUAAACAAACUCGCUCACUGUACAUGAAUUACAUUAACAUAAACACCCUCUGAAAGAUAUCUCAGACUUCAUCACAAACAAAAAACACUUGUUGCAAAUGCAUUUCAAAGGACAGAUUUCUUUCUCCCUUUGCAUGAGAAGAAUGAGAGCAAGGUCAAAGUUCAAAGUUCAAGAUUCUCACACUGGGGGGUCCAGCCACUGACAACUGCUGUUUCUUUUCUUGUGGUUUCAAGUUCUUCCAUUCCCUACAUUGAUUCAGCUCUGACUCAGCAGUCUCACAGUUGUCCUGUGGCGUACUGCCGAGUCAUUUUUGGAGAGAGCCCGCAGUCAUAACAUCCACUUAAAUAAUGUUGUUCUAUUUGCAUUAUACAGGGGAUUCAAGGUGAUGCAGGCAUUCCUGGUCUACCUGGUCCAAAAGGAGUUAUUGUGAGUAUAAUGUCAAUGUACUUGAACAUGUGAUCAUGAGAAACUUGGAUGGAAAUAAUCUUCAGUGCUGAUUAUAUAAUGCUUUGUUCUGUUGUAGGGUGAUGCAGGUUCAAGAGGUGAAAAAGGAGAGCCAGGAGCAAAGGUGCGUAUUGUUGCAGUUUUUUUCCCAAAAGAAACAACCUUGAGAUGUUUGAGAAAGAGUAACAGCUGUCACAUUCACUGAGUUCAACAUACUCAAACACUGCAACUUUAUUCUCAUGAUACUAUGGCCAUAGACUCGUAAUGCUACAAUUAUAUUUUCAAAAUCUUUGUAUUUUUUUUCCUCAAUGUGGCCAAAGUAAUCCAUCUGAAAUCCUAGUGCAUACCAUCAUUUUGCAAAGAAGAACAUUUUGAUGCUUUAACAAAAGAAAAACAUAAAUCCUCACAGCUGUGAAUAAGCUUUGCAAAUUAAAGUCACUGAGUCUUAACGAAAUUUCUUGCUGCAUGUCUUUGAGUUAAUCAUUUUUAGAUCUUGGACAGUGUUCUUAAAAAUGUAGUUAAUGGGGCAAUCUCCUACCUAAUUUGCAACCUAACUCACUUAUUCAAGAGUUAAGACUAGACUAAAACAAAAAUCAACAAUCGUGACACUAAAGAGCAAAGAGUUCGGUUUUACUUUACUUUGUGCCGACUCUAAUUUUGGAAAUGUCUUGAUGCACAAUGGAGUUUUUAUAGAGACAUCUCAAAGCCAUAAUUGGUUAGAGGCAAUGUUGAUCUAGAUUCAUAAUGCGGGAUGUUUAUCCAGGAACAUGUCCUAUUUAGCAAAACCGUGCUGUGCUUGUCCAACAGAGAAAAGAGAAAGUUGCCCGUUUACUUUCAAUGUUUUCCUUGGCUUUCCUGGGAUUGAGUCAUGAUGUCAGAUGUAACCUGAAAUAAAUAGAGUUCAUACCGGGAGACCUGACAACAGGGUUAACUUCUGAGAAAGUCCAAUCCUCUCAGAGGAACUGAGAAUUGAGAGGCAUAAUUGAGCAAACAGAUGUGGCUCACUUGAUUCACUCUCCACACUUCCUGUCUGGGAUCCUGUCUGUGGGGGCUUUUGGCUAUAAUGCAGCUCAUUCAGGGUAAAUGAAGCAUUGUUGAUGUCUGAAGUUUCCCCUGAGCUUCCAACAGCUUCUUACUUUUGGUAUUACAUGGAUGUUGGAAAGCAAUUAGACUUCUAUCAGAUGACUGUCAUGUUAUUAAGCUUUAUAGAAUCAGGAAAUUUCCCACAAGAGUCAAGACAGUGGGAUGUUUUUGUGAUCAGAAGGUCAGUGACAUGACAAGUAACAAAUGUGGCUUGAGUUAGGAGAUUGAAAAAACAGUUGCAAUAAAACUUUUGUAUUGUGCUCAGAUGUCGACCUGGAUUUAAACUAAACUCUUUUAAAGAUUUUUUUUUUUUUUUUAACUGAGUGAACCCAGAAUAAGAGACACUGAUCAAAUUACCAUACAACAUGAGGAUGUGCAGCUGGUUUCAGUCAUACUGAGCAUGCUGGUGUUUGGUCUGGAGCUGUCAGUCACUCAGUCGGUCUGUAAGUCAGUCAGUGAGAAAUUUCCUGUAGGUUAAAUUUGGAAAAGUACUUACCCCUGAGAGGCGACAAAGAAAAUAGGUGGAAAAUAGGUGCACCAAGGGUGGAGGUCAAGGCAAAGAGGUUCACUGAGAGUCAGAUGUGUUUUAGGUUACACUUUACCAUGUGCUGUUAAAAGUCUGUCCUCUUAUUAGCAAUGAAGUAGUGUGGCUUUAGGGGUGGUUUGCAAUUUCUAAGAAAAAUAAGAAAUAUUGACAACCGGUGACUGAAUAUCUGAGGAUCCAGGUGUCUAUGCACACUUUUCUAAUCUCACAAUUUGUAUUAAUUUUCUCUCUCUCUCUCUCUCUCUCUCUCUCUCUCUCUCUCUCACUCUCUCUGUGUGUGUGUCCUUCUGGCACAUAUACAUUGGUGGUCUAAUUUCCAAUUUGUGGUUUCAGUUAAGCUACAAGUUUAUCAAUCUUAAACCACAUCCUGAAAUCCACCUGAAAGAGAUCAGGACAAUAAUCCUACCUAUGCUGAGAUCUGGACUUGAUAGUUUUAAAGUGCCUGACUAUUUGAAACACAGUUUUAGAUUCAGCAGGUGAUUUCACAGAUUUCACAGCGUACCCCAAGAAACCUUGACUCCUUACAUCUAAAGCAUCUUUUAGGAGAUUACUUUUGACAACAACAAUGGCACAAAUUGACCAGAUUUUUUUUUAACCAUAUUAUUAUUAUUCAUUUGAUAGCACUUUAUUUGACACCAAUCUCUAUAACACAUUAUAAAUAUAAUUAAUGGGUUAUAAUCGUGUUGUAGCAGUGUAUAACUAUAGUUAUAAACACUCAUGAUAACACAUGAUAACACAAUAACACAUAAACCCUUUCAUCAUGACUUACUAGGUCAGGUGUCAAAUUAAGUGUUACCAUUUAUUUUAUAUAUUUAUAAUUAUUCUCAUUGUUUUCAGUUAAUAUAAUUGCUUUAUUACUCUGUAGAUCAAUUUUGGAUUUCAUUGGCUAAGUGAAGCACGAACACCAGAUUUUGUCUUUGACAAUUGAUAAUACUUGCAUAUGUCUUUGUGAACUUGUCCUUGUUUUAGGGUCAGGCAGGUUUGGAUGGAUUACCUGGCAAACCUGGUGUUUCUGGCAAAGAUGUAAGUUGUGAUUCUAAGUUUAGGAUCCAUUUCUUAUUAACGGACCCAAGAUAUUCGUUGAUUUUUUUAUUUAUUAUUUCAAAAAGUCACCUUUGUGUUAACAAAGCUCUUGUUUGAAACUGAUUAGGGGCUGAGGGGAAUGAUUGGUGCACCCGGGGCCGGCGGCAUUAAAGGCACUAAGGUGAGUUCUGUACACAAAACACCCAAAGCAUUCAGUUCAACAUCAUUCAAAAGGAGUUUUCCCAAAGUAUAACAAUCUUAUUUUGCUGCCUGAUAUAAAUCAUUAGUUUCCCAUGCUCCUUCACUCUCCAGACAUUCCUUUCGUCUCCUCUGUGUACCAUCAAAGUCAGCCCACUCAUUUGUCUGAGAAAAAAAAAAUCCAUGGUUAAUUUGUCUGUCUGUAAUUACUGACUUUGAUGAUUCUUCCAGUGGUAAGCGCAUGCUUCUGCCACACCCAUACGCAUCCACAAGGAUGCACACACACAAAGAACUGUAGUUGUGGUACUUGGCACACAAGUUUUCACUUAACGCCCGCAAUAAAUAAGCAUUUAAGCAGACGUCAUCUCAUAAAUUAUGGUUCUUGCCAUGUCAUUAUGAUAUAACCUUAGGCUCCUAACUCAGAAAAUCUCUUGAUUCUAAUGGUUGGCUGUCAUCCUUGUUGUGUGCUCAAUGUCACAGGGAGAGAGAGGCCUUCCUGGACUACCUGGGGAUGUGGUAAGUACUAAAAAUAAACCAAAAGGAUACCAGAGGCAUACUGCAAGAGUUGUAGGCAUGUAUAGAUGGACUUAGAUGAUAAACAAACAAACAAAAAAAAACCCAAAACAAUUAAGUAAGCACGUACUCGUAUAAUCUUCCUAUAUACAAUUUUGGUGAGCCUGUGCAAAUAGUAGCCUCAGUUUCCUGUUCUUCUGCUGAUGUAGCCCGCCUGCUUUAAGGUUCGACAUGUCCAUUCAGAGAUGGUACUCCGCAUAGAUUGGCCGUAACGAGUGGUUGUUGGACUUACUGUUAGCUUUUUAGCAUCUCAAACUAGUCUGCCCAUUCUUCUCUAACCUCUAACAUCAAUGAGGCAUUUUCAUUCACACAACUGCUGCACAUAUUUUUUCUUUUUCAGACCAUCUUCUGUACUCCUUAGAGAUGGUUGUGUGUAAAAAUCCCAGUUGAUUAGCAGUUCCUGAAAUACUCAUGCUAGCCCAUAAGGCACUAACAACUAUGCCACAUUCAGAGUUGCUACAAUUCCCUUUCUUCCCCGUUAUGAUGCUCGGUUUGGACUUCAGCAAGUCAUCGUGAGCAGUCUAUAUACCUAAAUGCAUUUAGUUGAGGUCGACUGAUUGGUUGAUUAGUUAUUUGUGUUAACAAGCAAUUAAACAGCUAGACCUAAUAAAGUGGCUUGUGAGUGUAAGUUAUGUGUUUAUACCAUGGUCUGUACAUUUUUAUGAGCAUAUAUAUAAUGCCGCUCUACCCUUUUCUUACCUUUUCUCAAUUUUACUCACCGUGAUGCUUUAAUUUUCAGCUUUUUCAUAAAUAUCAUAAUAAGACCAUUACCUUGAUUUUUUUUUGGCCGUGAUAAUCAUGAGAUAGAAAAUUUAUGAACCAGAUUCACCAGUUAUAUUUUAUUGUAUGUACCUAUUUAUUGUACACCUAAAAACCCUAUUUGUUUGCUUCAUACCUUUUCAUUUCAGAUUCAGCAAGAAGGCCUACGGGGUGAAAAGGUGAGUUGUUUUCUAAUGUUAAACUUUUUUUCUGUUAUGAUAAUUUCAGUUUUAUAUGGAAGUAAACUUAUUUCAGAGCAGAGUGGGAUUGCAGUGCUACAAGGAGAUAAACUCACUGUGUAUGUUUAAACAUAGAAAGCUAAACUCUAGUCUCUAAAGCAUUACAAGUGUAAGUAAACAAAUUAUGUACUCAUUAAAUUCAUGCCCAUGUGUUUUCAGGGAGCGCCUGGACUUCCUGGGCCUCCAGGAGCUGAUGGUCUGCCAGGGCCUGCUGUAAGAAUCAUGUUUUAUUUCUUUCUUCCCUCUAUCCUUCCUCCCUCCCUUCCUUCCUUCCUUCCUGUCUUCCUUCCUUCCUUCCUUCCUUCCUUCCUCCCCCCCCCCCCCCUUCCGUCCUUUCCUACUGCCACCCUCACUCCCUUCCCCUCUCCAUCCUUCCUUCCUUCACCCAUUCUUUUCUUCUAUUAUUAUUAUUAUUUUAUGAUUUUAUAAAAGCCAUCAGCUGUUUGAUUUAAACAAAGUUCUUGGCAACCUUCAGCUUGCGAUUCUCUUUUUCAGGGUCCUCCUGGUGUUCAGGGUCUACCUGGGGAACCUGGAGAGUUUGGCCAGAGGGUAAGAAUCUCAGAUGAACCCUGACAGAUCAUUUACUCUCCUUAUUUGUUUACUUCUGUAUUUGUUAUUUGUUUACUUGUUUAAUGGUUCAGGUUGCUUUUUUGCCGUAAAGCCAACAGAAGGUAAUGUUUUAUUGGGGGAGUACAUUUAAGGACAAAAGCACUGCAAGUUUGCUAACUCUAAGCCUUUAUUUAGAGUAAGACGGUCAUCUGCCUCAUAUAUCAUAUACUUGCUUAGAUUUUGUUCAUCCCCUGAUAAAAAAGGACAACUCCACACACUCAGCUGUAUAAUGACGAGUUGUAAAUAGUUCAUUAUUGCUUGAUCAAAUAUUAAAUCUCAUGGCACUGCAUCACCUUGAAAUUACACUUACACCUGUGAAUGUUAGUUACGGGGCAUUUGCAUUUGGUGUUUUAAAACCAGUAAGAGAUGAGAAAGCAAACCAAUCAGGCAGCAUCAUUGAUUAACCCCUUAAAUAAAAAUACAUUGUUGAUCAUUUACUGCAUGUAGUCUCAGGGUUCAGUGCUAUUUAAUGCUUUAGUCGGAUUUUUUACCGGCAGUGAGGCCGUUGGCUGAUUCUUCACUAAAUUAAAUUGUUGCUUCCAGAGAAGUUCUUGUACAAGUAAACUAUGAUGUGCAAUCAAUGGAAGUUCAAACUGUAGUCCCUUAACUGUAUUUAUUGGGCUCCAGUGGGGUUUACUAUGAUUAAGUAGACUGAUACUUAUUGCCCAGGCUAAUAAGAGCGGAUAUUGUUGCUGUCAUCAGUGUUUGUAGAAUAAUCUCAAAACACUGUCCCCUGUCUCUUUUAUUUUUUUUCCCCACAUUUACUCCACAGUGUUCCCGUCAUGCACAGCAGUGUGCAAUUAAAACAGUCACAGAGGUCCCACAUAAUUGUUUCUCCAAAACAUUAACAAAGAGUAUGACCUUCAUUUGCUUCUUCCACGGGGAGCAAUUAACUUCUAAUCAGCAAUAUGUUUGAAUCCAACAUUUGCAGCUGCUCAGCAGAGCCAAGGUGUACUCACCAAUCCUCUCCUGACCGCAAAUGAAAGAUUUUCUCCUAUCAGAGUUUUCUUCGAUGUUUGUGUGACUAACUUCUCUGAAACCGAGGGACUUACUUUCAUUCAGUCAAUGUGAAUGAUUCAUUCUUUUACAAAAAAAUAUGUGCUUGUUGUAAAUUUGAUGCUAUCGACACUUCAAGUACAUUUUGGAGAUUGGUAUGUUCAACAUUGUACUGCAUCAGCUCCUCUCUGUGAAGGCUUGGGAACUAAAGAAAUGUAGGAGACCAGUUUUUAAAGUUAAGUUGGUUUAGAUUGAGCCACUCAUACCUCCAUGGCUGAGGAGUUCUCAUCAGCUGUCAGUGUAAGUACUGCUGAGGACUAACUGCUCACCUCUAUCCUCUCAGUUGACAGCUAAGGGCAGGCUUGACUGGAAUAUCAAUGGCAGGGAUGCAGUGGACGGAUAAAUUUAUGAUAGCAGUUUGAGAAACCAGACCGAAAAGAUAGCAUUUACUGACAAAAUGCUUUUCUGACCCUUUCCUUAAAAAAAAGUCUUGAAUAGCUUGUUUAAAAACAAAAAGUAGCUUUGAUUCAAAACUCAAACUGAUUCUUUUCGAAAGAGACCACAAGUUCAAACCAAACCUUAAGGGAACCAUAUGCUGGUUUAAUCUCAGCAUCCAUAAACAUGAGCCCAACAGAAUUUUGAAUUGGACUUUUUUUGUAAAUAUCUUAUUCUUUCUAGAAGCUUCUACUUUCAUGCAAAAUUCCUAAAAAAGGCACCCCCAUAUUGUGUGUGCCUCUUGGUAUGGAUGGUUCAUCAAGUUCCUGAUGUGUUGCUGUAUUUCUUCAACUGUCUUGUGACGGAGUGCCUAAAGUGCCAUUUAACUGAGCAGUUAAAUGGCAUUAGUAGUAAUAUUGAGGUUUUUGUUACAGCCACAGUGGUUAAAAAACGGGAGAUAAAAUGUAAAAUACAUGACUAUAGCUGUUGCACUUGAAACAGAUCACUUCAGGUGGUGCAUGUUUUUUUAAAUCUCAUUUAUUAAAUAUUCCAACUUUUUUCUUUCAGGGAAAGAAAGGUGAAAACGGGUUGCCUGGAGUGGAUGGCCUUCCUGGACCUCCCGUAAGUGCUACCGUAACUUUAUAAUGAGCUAAAUGUUGAAGUUCAAAGUCUUGAUUCACGUUUUUAAAAUGAUUCAUUUUUCAUGCACAAUUCCUGGCAGUGCUUGCACUUCAAUUACCUCCUAAGGAGAGUUACAGGGAAUUAAUUUGGUGUUUUACUUGAGUAGAUUGUCCAAUAGUUGAUAUGACUCAGAAAGCCCAUAAUUAUUGUUGUCUCAGAGGCGUCUUCAGCGUGUGAUUUAACAGAGGAAAAUAACAGGACAGAUCAAAACCAAUAGGUUAUGGUAAUUAAUUUUCUGAAUUUAUCCCUGGAGCUAAAAAGAAAUACACCUGCUAUGUGUGAUGGAGAGGAGAAUUCAGGUAUAACAGUGUUACACUACCUCCCUCUAGUGGUUGAUGGACCAAUGGACGAGUGUUCUUGAAAUCUAUGUGGAAAUCUUACUUACACUUCUCUCUGUUUGACAGAAAACAUAAAACUUAAAAAAAUGUCCUUUAGUAUGAGUAUAAUUCUAAUAUGACCACUAAUCCUCUCCUACCUUUUCAUCUUACAGGGUCCUCAGGGUCCAUCUGGGCCACCAGGAAACCAAGGACACACUGGACCUCCUGUAAGUGAACAGAAAAACAAAUAAAGACACAUUAAUUCCACAAUAAGAUAUUUUUCUGCUGCAGACUUACUAAACCUGUUUUUAUUGCAGGGUCUACCUGGUGAAAUUGGAUUCUCUGGCAAACCAGGAGAGUCUGGAAAACCAGUGAGUUGGCUUUUCAUGCACAAAUAAAGUCGCAGUAUUUUGUCAGUGGUAUUGAACUUUAACCUCUGAACUUCAAUCUCUGCCAUCUCUCUGUACGCUUAAUGUCAACUGUUUUCUGCUUCGAAGGGUGUUCCUGGUAAAGACGGUUUGGAUGGUCUUCCCGGAAAUGAUGGUGCUACAGUCAGUGUGACCUUUAAACAUCUUCUCUCUAAACUAUAAAUGUUAAUAAUUUAAUUUACACCUUGCAGCCAUUCCUUGAGAAAAAAUAACCCAAAACUGCUCUAAAUGCUGCCAAAGAGCAGGAAAAGCAACAUUAAGCACUUUCUAAGUUCAGCCAGGAAAUAUUGCUCAGGAGUCUGUUAACACUGAAAGAGAGGCAAACAGUAAAGAAAUGGCUUGUUAAUGGUAUUUAUGCUCACUAGAUGUAUUUAUAGUAAACUUUUUGUGAACAGGUUAGUCAUGGCAGCAUGACAAAGCCAGAAAACUCAAUAUUAUUCAGCUUGUUGUUGACUUUUAUAGUGUAUUGUACUUUUAAGUUGUUCAACUGUUUUCACUGCUUGUGAAAAAAAACAUAAAGGCUUCAAGGCUUUGGAGACUCAUAAGUUUUUAACCUACAUGUCCGAAGUUGUAAUUUUGGAAAACAGCAAAGAGUCGCAGAUAUAAUGACAGGACACAUUUAAACAUGACUUUACUGUCACAGGACUUGUUUUAUUUCAAUGUUCCCAUACCUGAAACUUAUUGGGUGUGACUGUUUGGAACUUUUGACAAGAGGCAAAUAUGUUAACCUGAAGCGACUCUGCUUCAACCUCAAGUUGAAGCCAAAAAGAGUAAAAGAAAAUUGCUUCCUCUCAGAUUUCUGACGUAGUGCUUACAUAUCAGCUCCUCCAGUAAUUCAUAGACAAUAUGGCAGUUCUUUCUGGAUAUUACUGUAGGUACUAAACUCAGUUGUAAUGGAAUGUCCUUCACACUGUAUAGAGCAAAUGUUUUCGGCUUUAAAAGUCGGAUUUCCAAAUUAAAUUCUCGUGCAUCUGCAGGGGCCUAGGGGAGAGCGCGGAACAGAUGGUUUUCCUGGCAAACCUGGACCGAAGGUACUGCACUGCAACUUAAUCCUACCCAUAAACACACUGGAUGUGGCUGACGACAUAUGCAGCUUAUGAGAUAGCAUGAUGUUUUUUUCCCCCUCAUAUGCAAAUCUUAUGUAUUAACUGCUGUUUAUCUUCCCCAGGGUGAUGAUGGGCCUCCAGGACCAAGAGGACCUCCAGGAGAGAGGGUAAGUCAACUCGUCUGACUUGAACUGUUAAGAGUUGUUGACCUUUCUGGUUUGAUAUUUUGUUCGAUAAUAGUUUAUCAUGUCUAAUGGAUGUUAUUUCUUUUUGCAGGGAGAGGGUGGUCCUCCUGGACAACCUGGUGUGGAUGGAGCCAGAGGAGACAGGGGUAUUCCUGUAAGUAGGCACAGAAGUGACCAUAAACCUGGGGUCAAUUGAGAUAACAAUUUAGGCAUGGAUGCUAUCAGGACACUACACAAACUAGCUGAGUUGUAUUCACAUACAAUGAUGCAGGUCUAUUCACUUAUUCUUGUAACUCAUCUGGAGUGGUCAUGGCAGGCCAAACCUUCAGACUUACAAUUUGCACCUGACUGCAAUUAUUUAUUGUUGGGGAUCCACAUUUAAACUCAAGAGGAGAAGUUCACACUUAAUCAAAAAUCAAUAGAUUGCCUCUCAAAGCAUUUAAGGAAAUACUAAAACACAAAAUUAAAAUAAGUUAAAACACAAAACAUAAAGUGCUGUCAGAGAAUAAAAUAAAAGAAUAAUAAUAAAAUCACUUAUAAACACUAAAUAGAUAGUAAAGAAAUAAAAUAAAAACAUUUAAGAAAAUUAAAAAAUCCAAUAAAGGAGCAGACAGAGACAGAGACCACACAACUCUCAUGCUGGGUUAAAAGCCAAGGAGUAAAAAAUAUGUUAGUAACAAGGUGGUUAAGCCACAGAGCCAAUACUUUAACAAGCAACCAAAUUUACAAGACAUCAAUCAUACUGAAAUGAAGCCUUUAGAAAACAAUUAACUGUUAUUAUAAAUGUGAACCUAAGCACUAACCAAACCCUUAAAGAGAACAUAUAGAAGGCACCUGAGCACUACCUAAGCUUGUAAGGCUUGUGAGCAUCGCUCACUAGUUCAUCCGAGUCAGGUAAGGAUGAGCCUAAAUCUGAAUAUGACUUUUAAAACUUAUGGACAAUGGGAUGGUUGUCGAUAUGAAUCAUUAUCUGGAAAUUAAAAAGAGAAAUUAAACUGAGGCUGUGACUUCAUUUUAGUCAAACCUUUCAAAUGAACAUUAAAAUCAAGAUAAGAAAAUGUGUUUUUAACAGGACGGGUUAAUUUCCUCUAUUUGAACCCCCCCCUCAGAAGUCAUUUCACUAAGUUCCCUUAAUUGAAGUUAUUCACGAGAUAUUGUGGACCUUGUCUCUCUGCUGCCUGUGAAAAAGAGGGAUGGAUGGCAGCCGAGCCAUCACGAGGAAUCAAUAGUUUAGCAGUUACAGCCUUAAGUCUGGCAUCAGAUGCAAACUUUAUGUUAAAACUAAGCCCAGAUGUGUAUCUUUUUAGUUUAAGACAGUAUGUGGCCAUUUUCUCCUACUUAAACAACCCUGUUCAAGUUUAGUUUUAAGUCUUUUUCAGACUGGGGAUCUCAGUCUCACUUUAAAGAAGAGAAAGCCAAAAGAUAGAGAGACAGGUUGUGGACAUUAAAUCGGGCGGCAGUAUCACAGUUGUAAAAACAAUGCUCAGGGAAACAUCUUUCUGAGACAUUUCCCACAUUAUCAUGAUACUUAAACCUCAAUUGGUCAAAUAAACUUGUUUAAUGUGUUCCUCGUCUGGCUGAUAGUUAUCUCCUGGAACCACUUUCAAGGUUUCUGGGUGCCCCUGAAUGCCACUUUAGGAUACACUCUACUUCCCACCUGCAUGAAUAACUUCUCUGUUUUCCUGUUUUAAAGUGCAGAUUAUGGCUUUAUAGUUUUUGUAAAUACAUAUCUUACUGCCUUUUUAUAGGGGGAAAGAGGACAAUCAGGACCAUUUGGGCCAAAAGGUGAAAAAGGUGACAAGGUAAGGAAUAAAUAUAGCACCUAUUUAUAUGUAUUAAUAUUCAAUGUACAAUUAAGCGCUUGAUUCAAAAAGGACUCUAAAUGUAUUUGUCUGUACUAGUUAAGUAAGACCAGAGGUUGUUUCUCCAUGUAUUGAACACUGUCAUAGUAGCUGUAAUAAGGUCAUUAACACCCAGACAAUGUGACCAUGUUGUCUCCUGCCUCAAGGGUGAAGUGGGAGCGAGAGGACCUCCUGGGGCUCCUGGAAAUGUAAGUCAGAUUUCUGCUGCUUUCUGUACAAGCGCACACUGUAGAGUCAGAGACCUGCAAUCAUUCCUGUAGUGACACUGUGUGACUCCCCGUCCACUAAAGAGGUGUUCAAAUAUUGUCUAAUGUCUGUUUUUUCCUCAUAGGUUGCAAAUGUCAUUCCUGAGCCUGGUGAACCUGUGAGUAGACUUUUCUUAACUGUGCUAAAACAUUACUGGAAUAUUGAAAAGUUUAAUUUUUUACCGGAUCAGUGUUAAACCUUUCAUUUUUGUCUUCCCUUCAUCGCCUUCAUUGCAUUUUGUCGUUGUGUUUGCAUCUAGGGAACACCUGGAGCAAAAGGAGAGAAGGGGGAUCAAGGGAAACCAGGAGAGAUGGUGAGUUGAUUGCCCUUCCUCAUACCAGACCCUCACACUCGAUAACUAGUACACUACUUUUUAAGUACUCACACAAUGAUUACGUUAUAGUGAUCAGAUACAGCAACAAUCUUCGAAAUGAACAAACUUUAUGUAAGUAUAAUUACACGCCAAACAACUAAGUGAUAAAACAAAAACCUAAAAAAAAAUGCUUUAUAAUAUUUAUAAAGAAAACACUUAUUUUUCUGGUGGCAUUCUGUUUUUGCAAACAUCAUACUGGUCUCAAUCUGUUAUUUGUAAUCUGCUUGGAAUUUGGUAUGCAUUUCAAAAUCAAGUAAACACAUUUAUGAUCAUAGGGACUGAAAAAAGAUUGACAUUGAUCCUGAGUAUAUUGAUAAAAUGUGGGUUUAGAAUCUUUUACUGGAUUUGCCCCAUGUUUGAUUUCAAAGCUAACAGUGCAGAGUGAUUAUCCAGACUGGCAAAGCUGGCACACCGGUGUGUCUGCCCACCUGUUACAACGGUGUGUGAUCAUGUCAACAUGCUUAUUUUUGUCAAUAAGAGCAAGUAGGUAGAAAACUGGGCAGUGAGCCCGAAACAUUUUUCUGUUCAGUUUUCUUGAUGCAGUUUGGUUGUUUGAACCUCGCUCUAUAUUAGUCUAUGAGGACUGUUGUUAUUAUCGAGCAUGUUGGACUAUCCAUAUCCCUUUACAAGUUAUGUUACUGUGCAAUUCUGCCAAUCAUGUACAUUAUACUGCUAGAGAAAAUAUGCAAAAAAUGUAAAAGAAAAUAACAAAAUUUUGUGAACGAGUGAUUGAUUAUUUAUCCUUAACAUUUCCAUAUUUGUUUACGUAAAAUACUUAGAAUUAGCAUCCCUACAUCAUGGCUCUUACUUUGGCAGACCCUCCAAACAAACACAUGAAUGGAGUUGCAGGAAGUGUGCAGGGAGAGGCUGUGAUGCUCAUUUACAAAGGCCUGUAUUCUUCUCUAAAAAAAAAAAAAGGAUUGUCUUGCAAUGUGGAGUGUUUGCCACUAGAUGUCAGUAGUGUUUGAAAAAAAAAAAUUACCAGGAGUGGAGCAACUGUGCUACAUAAUGAGAGCUCUGGGGACUUUUUAAAAUUGGCCAAAUAAAUUAAACUGUUAGAGACAGUUAGACACUGGCCUGAUUUAGAAACACUCCCACAUUAAGGAUGCACACUACUGUAGUUGGAAAGGGUUUAAUUCAAAAUAUAUAAGGUGUAUUAAAAUGGAAGUAAUCCUAAAGGCCAUAUAAUAUACUAUCAGAACACAUUCAUUACCCCACACUGAAAAUACUAGAUGGAAGUUCUAUUAUCUCUGACUUCCCCAAGCAGCUUAUGCAGGUGGUGACGUCCAAUAAAUAUCAGUGUCACAGAAUAAUGUCUAAAUCUUUUAUGCGUGGAUGAAGACCGCACUGAGUCUUUAACUUUAAAAACAUUAUGAUGAGAAAGACAAAGAAUGUGUAAGAGCAUUCCUGUUAAAAAUCUUGUUAUUUACAUUCUUUCUCUGAAGGGUCCAAGAGGAUUGCCGGGUGAACAAGGGUUUAAAGGACCAGCUGGACCAGCAGUAAGUCAUAAAGGAACCUCUCUCUUCAAUUCAUUUUGCUCUUGAGUGAUUUCCAAUGAAUCUAAUUUGCCAAUUUUUAUUCCAGGGUCCAAAAGGUGACACUGGACUUACAGGAGAGACAGGACGUGUUGGAGACCCUGUGAGUGUUCUGAUAUGGCAUACGAUAUAAUUUACUCCAGAUGAGAAUAUUAUUGAUGUCUGUACCAACUCUAAUGACUGAUGGGUUUCUCUUAGGGUCCACCUGGUGUAGCUGGUCCUCAGGGCCUUCGUGGUUUACCAGGAAAUGUGGUAAGUCUCCAGAUUGAUUUAUGAAAUUAAUUUAAGGUAUUUGUGUUUUCUGUGAGAGUCUGUAAAAACAAAGGAAGUUUUUAUGUACUACUACUGUAUGAAACUAAAACUUGUCUGACUUCUAGGGCAUACCAGGAAUCAUUGGGCCUCCUGGUCCAGCCGGACAAAGAGGAGACAAGGUCAGUCAUUUUUUAAAACCUAUAUUUUCUAUACUUGACUUGAUUUUAUGGUUGAAGGUGUUCGCACUAUUUUCAGCAGUGAGAGCGACUUUGUUUGUCCUCUGUUACAGUUUCAGCAGCAAAGUCCACAACACUUGUUUAUAGCUACAAUCCAACACGUAAUCCACCAUCGUCUAUGGUUUUUUUACUCUGCACUUAUUUGUUUUGUACCUACAAGUAUAACUGUUAUAUUUAUGUUCUUAUGUGACAUUACAUGACAUAAACAGCAGCUUAUUCAUUAACUUUAAAGUGGCCAUAAGUACAACCCAGGACUGGGGCCACAAUAGGGAUGAAAAAAAGAGAUGAUGAGAAUAAAAAUCUGAAUAUUAUGAAAAUUGAGAAAGAAGUCAUAAUUAUGGACUUCUGAUUAAUUACAGAAACAACAUAUAGAGAGAUAUCAGAAAGGCAGUCAGCAGCCAGGGCUAUGUUAACUUGUCCGCCAUACCAGGAGGCUCAGUUUCUUUCAGGAUCUAUUCAAAAUCUUGACACUUUUGAGACUAUAGUGCUGAUGUGGUACAAGACUAAGUAUUCAGCCAAUUAGGAAACCUGUAACUCCCUAAGAUGCUCCAUGUUCCUUAUUUUAGCUCAGCCUACCUGCUGUUUUUCUGAUCUCUCCCCUUUGAAAUACCUCUCGACCAACAAGAGUCUGAAAUUAAGAGUUUUUUCUCAUAAAUCUGAGGCUUUUCUUGUAAUCCUGUGACUUCCUUCUCAUACAUGAAGUACUUUUUUGUCUGCUAUAACAUGCCCUUAAUCUUCAGUUGUACAACAGACAAUAGAAACUGAUGUGUAAUACAACCAAAGUUGCAUGCAAACAUCUGGCCUCGUGAGACAAUACACUCUCCCUUUUUACUCGAACAUUCAUCUUCAAAUGUAUUUGGUAACGUUUCUUUCAGGGGGAACUUGGUAAACCAGGACAAACAGGUCCCACAGGCACACCUGGAGAGCCUGGUUUGACAGGACCUCCUGGACCUCCUGGGAAAGGGAAAGAUGGUGAAAGAGUAAGAUACAUAUUUUAUGUUGCACUGCUCUGUAUACUUUUUAUCAUCUUAAACCUCAAAGGUAUUGUGGAUUGCAGAAUAACAAUAAGUAACACACAAUGUCUCACAAUGUGCAUGCAAACUGUACAUAAUUAGGACAUUUAAAGGAGCAAAUGCGCAGAUUAGUGUGAAGUGUUUGGGUCAACUGUUUUUAAUUAUGGCCUUGCUAUGUAAAAGAAAUAACCUAGUGUCAAUCACAAAAUUAUCUAUCUUUAACUGAGAAUUAAACAAAUUAAUCACAGAUUUUUUUCAUGUUUUCAUGAUUUUUAGCUGUUAUUAUUCCAAUAAUACAAAACAAUGACAAAUAUGGUCUAAAAAUUUCAGAAGAACCUCAAAUACUCCUCAAGUAUAACAUGGCAAACUGAAGCCUUAACAACAGAUUGGCGUAUUAACCUGACUGUAACAUCGCUCUGUAAUAUCUAAUACCAACUUUACAUUUACACACGGUUACCCCUGGGAUCCUCUGCACUUUAAGAUUAUCCUUUCACACAGUUUAAUUGUGUCUAUCCUCACAUGGGGGGAAAUAAGUUUACAAGGGACACCUGGACAAUGUUAACAAGGAGAAGUAGGGCUCUUACAAGCAGUGAGCUCGGCCAUAGUGGACUUUGAGUGUCAACAUGGUGACUCAAGUCACAUUGACAGUAAAUGCAACUGAUAAAUCAAUCAGCUUUUGUAGUGUAGUGCUAAAUCACAACAAUCGUUAUGUCAAGACUCUUUCCAAAAGAGCAGGUCAAGACCUUAAUCGUUGUUUGAUGAAAUAAUGUUGGUCUUGUUGAGAAAGGCUGGUGACAGGUCUCAGAAGCUAACCCUUUAAUGCCUUUUACGAUACUCCUAUCAAAUCAAUAUGAUCAACAAAUUACUAAAAAAAACACCUGAAUACAGUCCGAUAAAUAAUGAAAAUGUCCUCUUGUGGUUAAUCAGUUUCCAAAAACUCCUAAUGUAUCAAACGAGAUAAAUAAAUAUUUUUGUAAAAUUUUAAGGACAUUUUGAUUUUUUUGGUUUUCAGUAGUAAGUGAAAUAAACAUUUCAGCUCCAAAAAUUUGAAUUUUCUGACCAUAAUUCAUGUUUCCAGGCAUUAAAGGACUAAGCUUGCGAUUCAAACAUACGAACAGGAAUUGUUUAGUUAAAUAUUCAUUUCAUUAUAGAGACCCCUUAACGAUUUAUGUCUUUAUCAAGCCCACCAUCAAUACUUUUCUGUAAUCAGUUGCAAAGACAAGACUUGUGUUUUUAGUGAUAAUCAAAUAAAUUGUUGUAUUUUAUUAUGAAUAUUUACUCUGAAAUAUUUUAUCACUAAGUUUAAUGAUAUAGCUUAAUCUGAUUAGAGCUUAUGUUCUGAAGUAAAAUAUCAAACUUUAAUUUACAUAUUUGAUAUUGUUAAGACAUUUAUUUAAUCUCCAAUCAACUGUGAAACUGUCAAAAGUUGUGUUAACAGUGAAGAAUUUCUUUCACAGGACACUUUAUUUGUAAUAAAGAAAUUCACUUUGUCGUAUCAUAACUGAAAUCUCCUAACCAAGCCUCUAAACACUCUCCCUGUUCCACAUGUGUUAUGCUCCUAAACAUCUGCUCUGCUCUAAUACAUGCUCAACCACAACACAAUAUGACCGUCUGUAUGGGAAGCAAAUGAGCCUAAGUUGGCACAUUGAAGCUGCAGCUCUACAACUUUCCUCAUCAAUUUUCCGCCCAGACAUGUGGCCUUCUUGCUGACAAGGCAGCAACAAACAGGAAAAACACUAUUAAGACAUAUCACAUUAAAGCAACACGGCAGCACAACAGAUUCGGCUCACGACGGCCCUGUGUUUUACAGCUGCCAGGUGCGGCCCCGAGGCCUCAAAGCAGCUAUGUGCAUGAAAAACAGCAACUCUAGAUGAUUUAUUUAAAAGAGGUUUAAUUCCUGUGUUUGAGGAGCAAGCAGUGAUUGAUUGAUUGGUGUGAUUUGUGAUAUUACAGGGGGAACCAGGACAACAGGGGAUACAAGGACCCCCAGGGCUAAAGGUAAUAUAAUUUUUAAAGUUAAAAGUCAAAAAGUGUGUGUGUGCUUGUUCGCUUGUAGGUUGCCUGGGGUGUUUUUUUAUCAUGCACAGGUGCUCCUUUCUUGAUAUAAAACCCCUUUUUUUUGGCACCAAUGAGAAAAACAAUUCAUUUUUGUUGAAAGCAGCAAAAGCAAUUUCUAUGUCCACUGCACUGUGACCGCUGCUCUGAUUAUGACCGGCUCUUUGCUGUGAAGAGCUUGAUGUUCAGGACCCAGAGUGGGCGAGGCCGGACAGGGGGUGUUGCUGGAUUUAUGGUGUCAGAUCGCUCACCCUCAUCAAAGCAAUUUUUUCUCCUCUGAGUACCGAAAUGUCAACUGCAGAUUGUGUUAAAAAAAGGAUUUCUUUUUUUUUUUUUUUUUUUACUUUUAUCAAAGAUUAAAAACAGAGUGGUGUUUCUGGGAUCAGCAGACAUUGCUGAAUGUGAUAGUUUCUGGUGCCAAGUGAGGCUUUUUGCCAAACAUUCAUGGCUGAACUUACACUAUUUAAAAAUCAUGUUGAAUAAAAAAACUCUGUUUUUUUUUCUCCUUUUUUUUCUCUCAGGGACAACCAGGGUCACGAGGAGAGCCAGGGUUACCAGGGGACAGAGGCUCUGCAGGAGAAGGGAAAGUGGGACCACCGGUAUGCGUACCAGGCAUUACCAUAGUAUCUACAUUAACUGCGUUUGUUUGUGAAAAAUGAAACCAUUUUUUUUUCUUUUAAUAGGGGGCUCCAGGAAAUAAUGGGUUACAAGGACCUGCGGUAAUGUUUCCUAAAGACAGAUAAAAACUGUGUUUGUGCCUGUAAAUGUGUGUCUGUAAUAUCUGUUUAUCUGGGUUGCAGGGCUUGAGGGGUCCACCAGGAGUUGCAGGUCCUCAGGGCCCUGCUGGACAUAAUGUGAGUUUCCAGUAUAUGAAUAAAUGAGCACAUUAGCAUAUCUUUUUUAGGGCUGCCAUGGUAUCACCUUAGACUAAAAGUGACGAAAAACAUCCUGAUUAUUUAUUUAUUUGGCCAGAGUCUUAAUGUUUAUGAUAACAUAGGGAAAAAUAUGAUCAUCAGUCGAGAUACAAAACUUAAAUAAUCUUGGCUUUUGAACAGAAUUUUACUUUCUUAAAUGGCAUCAUCUAUUUAUUUAAAAGUUUUCAGUUUUAUCUGCAGACACAAGACAGAAACUUCGCGAGGAAGAGCUUGCCCCUAUAAACAAUUGUUUGUGGUGCUUUUAUUUUGAAAUUGACACUCUCUUGCAUUUAGAUUGCCUUAUUUCCUGUAUUGUAAAAAACCCUCACCCUAAAUUGUAAGGUAUGAAACAUAAUGAAAACAACUAAAAGUAUGGAUUAAAAGUAAAAAGAUUGAUGUAUUAACAUCCCCGACAGAGUAAAAGCUCUUUCUGUCUUUUUCAAUUCCCAAUUAAUUUUGGCACAUGGGUUCUGAAAGUGAUGGCCGAUCUUUGUCAGAUGGCUGCUUUAGUUAGCUAGCUGCUGUUCUAGCUUGUUCUCUUUCCUCUCUCCGUGUAACUGCAAGUUAAACCAGCAUUAAAAAUAAAACGGAAAUAUUUUAUGAUUUAACAAAAAAAAAAUACAGUUAACAUCAAGAUCAGCGGAUUGUGACAGUUCAAUCCUCAUUUUAUCCAGAACCAUAGCUUUGAAAAGCCAAAGUGGAUGUUUAUCAUGUAGUCUAAAGAAAGGUUUACACCAUUUUUUGUGAAUAUAACACAAAAACUGAGAGAUUCAGUGUAAUGCUCUAAAUCUCUAAGAUUUACAAGAAAAAAAUCAGAGAAAAGGGGAUACAAAGUAAAAGAAAACCAGUGAAUUAAGGGCGUAAUUAGAAAGAAAUUCAGCUAUUUAGUUUGUCUGUGAGUAAGACAAACAGUAGUUAGCUUUCUACACAAGCACAUGUCAGGCUAUCUAAAGGGUGCUAAUGAUUGCUCGAUGCAGGUAGAUAUGGGAGAGAAACUUGCCAUGUUAUAGAAGGUAGUCUGCACUUCCCUGAAGCCCACUGGCAUACUAAGGUCGACCAGUCAGUGGAAAAAUCAUCUGAUAGAACUGACUCAAUGGAGGGGGAGUAUAAAAGGAAAAUGACUAUUUAUGCAGAGUUAGCUUGAGAAGCUUAUCAGAGGAUAAAAGAACGGUGUUUUUUUAUCUCAUUAUUAGGUGAAGUGUGAGUGUGUGGCCAGAGCUUGUGAAAGAUCAUAAAAUUAAUGUCAUGUGAAGCGCUAAAAACAAGUCAGUGGAUCUGGAUGUGGAGUAAUAAUGUCAGUUUGGGGGCCAGAUAAGGAGUAAAGGAGAAAUUUUUAUUCUUUUCUUUUGUUUUUCUCUCUCUUUCCUUUUCCUUUCUGCCCUCUUGAAAAUGGGAGAAGGGUAAGCAGUCUAACCCAGCAGCAGGGUAAACUCCAGUCCAAACAAACCUCUCCUCCUAGCUAUUCUGUCUAACAUCUUACCAAAGACAUUUUUUUGUGUGUUUUGGGUUGUAGGGACCAUGUAGUAGUGUAGGUAGUAUCAGUGAUGUCGCUUCCUGGAGCUUGUAUACAUACAGAACCAGGGUCCAAUGAAUGUGACAAUGCUGUAAAUGCAGGGUAAGUGGAUGUUAUGGACAGUGGGAGUUAGUAUAGAAGUGGGUGGCUUUGAGACACUAGUGCUAACUGUUCAGUUUCUCAGAGGUGUCAUGGGCCUAAGUUAAUGAAACAGUGGUGAUAACCUUAAUGAUGUGCUGGCUGUCGCUGCCCACCUGCCCCAUCUAUCUCAGGCUGUGGAGGGUGAUAGGAACCUUGUGGUAGACUAUAAAACUACUACUGGAGGGGGUUUUCUCCACUGACUACUAAUCAUUCUUGUAAAAGUUCAAGUAUCUUGUGUUGAGCUCAAAUCAAAUAUAUUUUAUAUAUUAUUUUACCGUUCAAGAAAUACCACAGGAGUAGAUAAAUUCCAGUUUAUAUAACUUACAUAAUAUAAGGAUUUGUUAUUUUGCAAUUCAUGUUUAUGUUUUAUUGACUGGAUUGACUCGAUUUCUAAACUGUAAUCCCUGCUGUUUUCCCAAAAUACAGGGUCUACCAGGGCGGCCAGGAGAAAAGGGAGCACCUGGAGAGCCUGUGAGUACUGAAAUUGGCAUGCAACAGUCAUUUAUAUUUGUGAAACAGAUUACAAAAAGUCCUUCACUGAAAAGUGCUGCAGAUGUUUAUCAAAAGCCACAGCCCCUGAAGGUUUCCAGACAAAUACAUUUCUGUUAAUUUAUUUGGUUUUACUAGAUGAGUAGAUAAGUUGACUUAUUUCCCACCAGUGAACGAUUAGAUGCUUGUGUCUAAGGUCUCGGUGCUAACAGUCACAAUGCCUGGCCCUUGAAGAACUAGCUUGUACUAGACCUUAUGCUGCGUUGGAGUUACCAACGGAGUCAGAAGUCCGAGACGAAAAUGACGUCACACCCGAGUUCCCAACGUUUUAGCUACUAAGUUGGAAAAAAGCAAAAUCGGAGGCAGAAACAAGAUGGCUACAUCUACCAAAGUUAUUAUAGUGCUUGCCUUCUUGUCCUUGCUUUUAUUCGGACAAGGCAAGUGCUAAAAUAACUUUCACAGAUGUGGCCAACUUGUUUCAGGCCUCUGAUUUUGCUUUUUCCCGACUUGGUAACUGAAACGCUAGAAACUUGGGUGUGACGUCAUUUUCAGCUCCAACAUCUGACUUCCGAGGUAACUCGAACGCAGCAUUAUCCUUAUACCAGAAUUUCUCACCCCACAACAACGUCUUGUGACUAAAUAGAAGCUUGAUCACCUUUUUGGUUCAAACCUUUCUGUUGAGAACCAUAGCGUCUUGAUUCAACUCUUCAUUCUGUCUCCCAGGGAAAGGCAGCAGAUAUCUCUGACCUAGAUCUCAAGGUGAGAAACAUUCCCAUCCACCCACAAAAAGAAAUGCUCCUGUUUGAAUCCUAAGAAUUAUCACUUUAUCAUUAAAUGUCUGCAUUAUUUUUUUUUAGGAUGUUUGCUCAGACUGCCCUGCAGGUCCACCAGGACCACCAGGUCUCCCAGGAAUCCCAGGAGACAAAGGACACACAGGACCUCCAGGGAAAAGCGGUCAAGACGGUUUCCAGGUAGGGCAUUGCUACUAAUGUUUUAUAAUCACUGCCUUUUCACUAACCUGUAAAGUUAAGGCUAUUUUGAUGCUUAUCUGUAAACACCUCUUUUAGGUGUUUGCUUGUGCUUUAUCAGUCCUUAGUAAGCCAUGAAGUCCAGGCUAUAUGUUUGUCAUCAUCAAUCACAGUUGGUGGGACAUAUGGAGUGCCUCUGUCUGCAUCAUUAGCUUAGCCUCCUCUGGGGGCAGCAGUGAACGAUUAGGGCCCAGUUACGGCGCUUGCCAAGACAGAGACUGAUGCUCUGCUGGUGUCAUUACAGGGACCAUCGGGACCAGCUGGACCUCCAGGGGCCCCUGGAGCUGAUGGAGGAAAGGCAAGUUUGUACACUAACUGCACCCUUAAGUCUCCCAGAGGACCUUAAAGCUAAUUGAUUGCUUGUGUCACCUUUUCUAUUCUAACCUCAUGAGGUCUGGGUAAUCUGGGGGGGAAGUUAGUUAUUAAAAACACUAAACCAAAAAAGUUUAAAGUCAUAUGCAAAAGCAAUAAUGAUACCACCACAUCCUUCUCCAUGGUAAUUUUGAGUAUUUUUGAGGUUUUGGUUUCUGUUUCUUCUAUAGAUUGGUGUUUUCCUCUCAAUCAUCACACCUUAUGUAAUGUUUUCUCUAUUUUGAACACAGGGUAUUAAAGGAGAUCGAGGACCUCCUGGAGGACCUGGAGACAAAGGAGAUAAGGUACACUGGCUGUCAUUUCAGUACACAAGGAUUCGAUUAAUCCACGUUUAUUAGCCCUAAAAGUCAACCUAUAAGACUGGAUCACCCAUGAGGAAGUUAGUUGGUCUUCAGUUUGACGUCAACCUGCCAAUUUUAAAAGGACAGUGACGAGUGGUUUUGAUGAGUGUUAUUUAAAGUGCUGCAAACAUACUUAUACUUUAGAGUUAGAUAAGAUGGGCCUAUUACAAUAAAACUAAGAACAACCUGGAUGUGAUUCAGCAGUAAAAGUAUGAGGGUAUUUUGAUGUGUUUUAGUUUCAAAGGCAGCUGUCAGCCAUGAUUCUCACUCAUCCAGGCUUUGGAUAUAAUUUCCUGCCUUAAAACAAUGAUAAAUAAUUACAUAAUCAUCGUAUUGCAAGUUUUUGAAAUGACUGCAGUAUACACAGUCAGCAGCAUCAGAGCAUCUCACCCCCCUACACAGGCUGAUGAUGAAUUACCAUGGCAAGCUGUCACACUGUGUUAGUCACCCUCAGAUUUGAGUUUAGCUUUCAUUUUGCUGAAGUUGUGAAAAAACUUUUAGUUGGCUUUUUUUUUUCAAGCACAUAAUAAAACUGAAAUAAAUUUAGUUUACUGAUUUAAAAUACAAAACAAAAAGCUACAGCAAAGCCUUGUUCUUUUUUUAAAACCUUUGAGCAACGUAAAAAACAUCAGAAAUUAAUGCAAGAAGCAACAAAUGCGUGCAUAAGAUAAUACAGUUUUUGCUUGGUAACUGUAGUUCAUCUAAUUUUUGAAAACAAACUUAUUAUUGACAUUUAUUAAAUGAAAAGAGUUUCGAAUGCAGAUGUCGUUAUACUUGUCAGCCUUGUUUUUUACCCUGAAUAAUUUCUUGCUUUCAUCCCUCUGCCAGUCACAUCUCUGAAUACUUUCUGACAAGAUUGAAAAACAUGUAUUUUAUUCAUUUUUUCUUGUCAUUUAACAGGGUCACCCAGGACCCCCUGGCCAUCCUGGUACACCUGGUUUAAUGGGCACACCUGUAAGUUAUCACAUAGGCUUAUUGUCCUAUGAUGUGUAUCUCACAGGCUAUAACUACCAAAGCCUCUUUUAAACAGGCAGACUUGUUAUUCGUAUUGACCUCUACUGGCUCUCCUCUUCCCUCUUCAGGGUAACGAUGGCCAGCCUGGUCCUGUUGGCCCCCCAGGACCCCCCGGAGAAAAGGUCAGGCCAAACUUCACGUAUUCUCUCCUCAGAAAACGUAUUACCCAUGUGUCAUUAUUUUAUAUCCCCACUCCUGCGAACAUAUAGGUCACCCAGUCUGUGUGGUAAUAGUGGCCAUUAAUCAUUUCUUUUUCUUCAGAGACAGUGACCUGCUAAUGUUUGUUUGUUUGUUUCCACCAGGGCAAAGAGGGUCUCAAAGGAAUCCAGGGACCGCCAGGUCUACCCGGCUUAAUUGUAAGAAAAAGUCUUAUGUGAAGCAUCAUGAAAAUACAGUGACUGCACUCUUAACAAUUUGAGUUGUUUCAUUGAUUCCCUCAAAGAUCAAAUUUUCUGUCUUACAUCUCUGCAGGGCCAACCUGGGAAAAUAGGAAAAGAUGGCAGACCCGGUGAAACAGGAGAACCUGUGAGUUGACAAAUUAGUUUUAAAUCUGUAGACUUCAUAUUGAGCACCAACUGCAAGAUAGUGUUGAAUUUAAAGGUACAUUUAAGCAGGAGAUAAUUGGUUUCAAUAGAAUAUACUCAUUAGCCAGUUCAAAGUAGUGUAAAAUUACUCGAAAAUUAAGAUAGUUUUGUUUUUGUCAAUCUACACUGAGCCUUUAACAUAUAUAUAAAGGAGCAGGACCCCAUCUUUGCACAGCCAUGUUUCUACUGAGUACAGAAUGGACAAAUUAGUAACAUAUGGAUUUAGCGAGGGGGAAUUGCAUUGGUUGAGGAGAAAGCAGUAGUUGUCGUCAUCUGAAGAAUUUGUAUUGAUAGCUGAAGGUAAAAAUGUGGGAAAUGGGAAUUAUUAUCACCAUGCAUCACAAGAGCUUAUUUUCUGCAAAAAUCCCUGUUGCUCGACUAGCAGGAUGAGUAAACAAAGCAAAUACUUCAAUCCAGAAUCUGACAACCAGAUACAACUUAAUGGUCAAAUUACCAAGCACAUUACCUUAUAGGAGAAUUAACGGUGUGAUGUGGUAAGAUGAACUGUUUUUGUUCUGAUGUCAGGGCAAACAAGGUGAGCCUGGACCACCUGGUAACCCCGGCCUCAGAGGACUUCCGGUGAGUAACCACCUGUAGACAGAGGGAUAAAAAGAACUUAGCAGUCACUGCCGUGACUUAUUAUAAAGCCUUGUUUUUCUUUCUGUCUGUGCAGGGCUUUAAGGGUCACAGAGGAGAACCUGGAGCUCCAGGCAAUAAGGUCAGAUUGCUAAUUUCUGUGUUUCAUGUAUUUAGUCAUGUCCUCACCAUUGGAGAGCUGCAAUUAGUUUUUAUUAAUCAUUUUUUUUAAAUGUAUUUAUUUUUGAGAAAUAGUGAGUAAUACAACAGAUCAGACUGUAUGAGCUGUUCGGGUAAUUCAUCUUUUCUAUGGGAUGUUUGACUCAAAGAAACAUUCUUGUAGGUUUUAUUUAGGAGCUUUUGAUUUCACAUCAAUUUACUAUCCCUCGAAUCAGCUACUUAUGAAUAUACAACCCUCAUUAAAAAAUAGUUUUGACAGCAUCUAAAAUGUUAAUAAGGACAGAAUUUGGUGGUUUACGAAUUAUUUAAACCAUUUAUUCAACUUUGAAAAGUGUAAAGACGACAUAUCAAACGCUGAAACUGAAAAACUAGAAAAUAUGCUGUAAUACUCAAAGAGCUUGGUUUGGCCUUGUCUCUCUCUAUCCAUCAGGCCCAGAAUCACUGUAACUUUACAUCAGGGCAUGGUGCAGUUAACUUGCAUUUGUGUAUGCAAUAUUCUUAGACAGUGUUUUUUGAAAGUGAUUUAUAGCCCAUACAGUGAUUUCAACCACAGAGACAUGUCUAUGUUGAAGUAGUAUCACCUGAAGGCUGGAAGAUGGUUGAAAGCCUUAUCCCUUUCGGGCAGAGAUUUCUCCAGCGUCUCUAAAUCUUUUUAGGAUAUUAUGCACGGUAGAUGAUCUUCAGCGCAAAAACAGGAAAUUUCACGGAGGAAAAGCAGAAAAUCUCCCUUUGUGCCAUUUUGUAUGUUGGGUGACUGCUUUGGGCAUUUUGACAAGAUGGGCAUUUUUUUUAGCCUAUGAGUCACUGACAUUUCCUACUGUAACACGAGUGUCACCACAGGCUUAAUGUGGUCCCCCCUUACCUGCAGCUUCAAAACACACAAGUUUGAUAUUGGUGAGACAGCCCCCUAUACUCAAAAGUUAUCACUAUUCAUUCAGGAGUUCAGGGGAUAGCUCACAGCCACAUUCAUUGUCUUACUUCCUGCACUGCAAUGUCAAGCACUUCUUACACAGGCCCUCCUCUCCAUGAGAAUGGCUGCACCUGCUGCUUUGUCUCUCACACAGCACACACCCGCAGGAAAUGUUCCUGCCUCAGCGCCAUGACCAAUAGCAUGGCUCAUUACAGACAGCUCUGACUGAGCUGCACAGAGUCAGCCGGCCUCCCAGCCCAACUGACAGCAGACAACUUAUUAGAGGAGCUGUGAAGUGUUUCUGUAGACACACUGUGAAUUUCCCUCCACUGCCUAUAAUUAUGCUCACUUAAAUGUCAGUCACAUGGAAAUGUCAAUCAUUAUCAUGCAGUAAAAGGACAGUUUAUGCAUGAGGCAGGAUAUAUAGAUUUAGCUGAGCACUUAAGUAUGAUGUAGGACUGUAAUAUAAAUCUUUUAAAAGGAUCUUUGUGGAUCUUUGUUAGUGACAGCGGUUAAAAUUUUUCACAUCGCAGCUAAUGCUUAAAAGUUAGUUUGCCGCAGGCUGAUGCUUAAAACGAUUGCUAGCUUGCCGUUCUACAGCAUGGUAUGAUAUAUGAUGAAGGCUGUUUUGAAACGUACAAGGCCACCUUUUAUGUGUGAGCCAGCUUAAGUUUACAGUUUACAGUUUACAGUUUUUCUGCUCUUUCUUUGUUAGAGGCAAAUCUAUGUCGUUAAAUAGAGAAAUCAUUGCUCUAAAACUGAGAUUAAACACUCGUUGGUGGUUUUGUUCUUAUUUCACAGGGAGGUCUUUUUGUGGGGGUGCCUCAGGGGUCAGUUCUGGGACCACUCUUGUUUUCAAUUUCAAUGUUGCCCCUUUUAUGGUGUAAAUUUUUGUUUUCAGUACUGUGUAACUGUGACUAUUGACAACAACAGGAUAGACAUAAGAUGACUAAUUAGCAAGCUACUUUCAUGAAAACUGUGCUGAUCACUUGCUUGGGCCUCUUAGAGGCUCCCUACUGGCUGUAGUUAGCUAAGAGGGUCACUAGCUUAAUAGACAACCCUUGAGAAUCCUCACAUUUUGCCUGAAUUAUGUAUAUGAAGAAUUUAAUGACUUUUUUUUAAAGCAAGUAAACAACACCUUAAAAAACAAAGCCUUAAAUAAUUUCAUGUGUCCAUCUGGUGUGCCAAACAGGGAGAAGAUGGAAAAUCUGGAGCACCUGGGCGUGACGGAAAACCUGGGAAAGAGGUUUGUUGAAGUGUCCAAUUAAUAUUCUAUAUCAGUAUUAAUUAUAUAUGUCUUCACGGCACAUUAUAGACCUCUUUGUUAUUCCCUUUCUUCGGUUUCAGUCACGGACUGAAAGUUGCUGCUCCUGAAGCAUCCUUCAGUACCUGAGAAUAAGCAUUAGUGCUGUCUGGAACUCCAUAGAUCAAUAUGAAUGCAGAUAAUACCCCUGAAGAUUAAAAAAGUUUUGGACAGGAUGCUCAAUUUCCAGCAGACCACAGAAUCUUUAGUCAUGUCAGGGGUUUACGACUAGCAGCGAAAAGUUUAAAACCAUUUAUUAUCUUGACACCGCUUGAGUCUCUCUGCAUUCAACUUCACCAAAUGACAACCCGAAAUCCUUCUCACAUACACAUUCAAAGACUGCGGCAAUUUUAUCCCACUAUUUUUCUGGCAGAAUGUAACACAUCACCAAAAAUCCUUUACCUAACUCAUCCUCCAGCUCCAGGAGACGGAGCAGCACAAAUCUCUUUGAGUAAGAAUAUUUCCACCUACUCCCUCAACGAAAAGAGGAGUGAAAAUUUAAUUUAUUGCUACAGAGGAAUCUGUUUUCUCCCGAAGAUUAAAAUUCUCGAGAAACCCUAGAGAUUCGAUUUGACAAAGAACCUUUGUUUUCAGUGUGUUAAAGGUAAUAAAACUGUCCAUUCUUUUGUUUCACAGGGUCACAUUGGACCUCCGGGCCGUGAAGGACUUAGUGGUCCAAGAGGAGAGCCGGUGAGUCAUUUUCUGUCACUUGCAGGGGUAUCUGAAGCAAACAGAAGACACAUGAAACAUCCUGUCAGGCAGACAGAUUGAUGAGGACAUAAGGUGGCACUCAAGUUAUUCAUCAUGCUGUCCUUUCAAAUCAAUUUUCUGACUCCCCUUUUUUUGUUGUUGUUGUUGUUGGUUUGCAUUGCAGGGUAAACCAGGUGAACCAGGGCCAUCGGGAAAAGCUGGUCUACCUGGAACUCCAGUGAGUUAUCUCCUUUUAAUGUGGACAAUCUUCAAAUCUCAUUUGGUGUGGGCAGUGGGUUGACUAAUGGUGCAGAAAACAACAGAAACACUUAAUCGCUUCAAUAAAAACUGUGACUAAUGGUCAUUGUAUCACAGCAUAGAAGUGGUAUAUGAAUAAAGAAGAGGCAGGAGGAAAAAACAUAGCAUUUUCAGAGCUAGCAGUAACUGUAUGUGGGAUGUGACUGUGGGCGAGAGAAGGAUGUGAAGUAUUUCUAGAAGACAUGAUUCGUCAGAUUUUGAGGAAGAUUUAUGAAGAUGAAUGUUGUCUUGGCCAAGAUUAGGACCAUCAUGUUGAAAACAUUAUAAUGAAGUACAAUUUAAAGGUGUCUAGAUGUAUAAUCAAAGCACAGACUACAGGUCAGAGUGGACUAUCACCUGGAGGCACAAGACCAGCAGGUUUGUGUCCCUCAUAAAGUUCAAAUAACAGAACUACUGCUGACAGUCCCUUUUUUUAAUUUAAUGUUGUGGAAGAAUAGAAAUGGAGUUUGGAGGCAUGUUGAAGAGACAAAAGCUAAAAGUUGUCAAGGUAGGCUUUGAGUUGGAGUUUUUAGCCAAAUAAACAAGUCAAGUGUGAGAUGAAAACAAUCACUUUUAACCCCAACUAUCUCCAUAUUACGACGGAGCCACAUUAACAUAAAAAAAAGACUUUGUUUUUACUUACAAGAAAAAAGUCGUAAUAAAACCAUUAAUUACAAGAAUAAAGUCGUAGCUAGAUACUAAAUCCUUUGGCGUUUCAGCAUCACAUUGUCAUAAGUAUCAGGACAUAUAUGCAAGAAAUGCAUCUUUUCCGAAGAAAGAACCAGGCAGACUUGUAGGGAAUCGCUGUUUUUGAGGAGGGGAAAUGGCUGGAAAUGGCUGUGCAGAGGCUAAAUCCCUCAAUACAGCCGUUUAUAGCAACAGCAUAUGGCUUUAGUUUAUCGUAUGAAUCUAUACGCCAUAAGGUGUUGGUGCCUCUGCAGAUGUAGGUUGCUGCUGGUGUUGUGCCGGCAUCAAAGACAGACGCGGUGCUUGUCGGAGCUCGACUCCCUCCGAACCUCAAAUGUUGAUCAUCAGUUGGAUUGUUUCUUGAGAAACCACAAAAGCUCUCUGAAUGGCCCACUGAUGCACCCACUGAUAACUCUGCAGUUGACCAGUUCCAACCAUUUCCUCCUCCACAAAAGCAGCUUUAAGACUUCAUUUACUUUACGACUUUAUUCUUGUAAAUAUUGAUUUUAGUACGACUUUAUUCUCGAAGUCUUGUGGCCCUAAUACUCCGUCCUAUCAUUUGGCCAAUCAUACCUUAGAAUAUUUAUUUAUGUAAAUAUUUGUCCUACGUUUAUAAGGACAAGAAUAAUCUUCAAGCUCCUUGAAGUUUUACGUGUUAUAUUAGCUGUGCAUAUCACUGCCAAAGUACGAUGUUUCCUAAGGGUCUCUCUCUUCCGUUUUAAAGAUUUUUGAGCCCCUACUACCUCCUCCCGACAAUAUUACUAAGCACACACCAGGUUAAUUAGAUCUGAUAUAAUCAGUUAUUAAUGAGUUUUUAUGGCACUCUGAAAAUGAUGAGGAGAGGGAGGCAGCCAGAAGCCACCUUGACAACCAGACAGUGAGAUUCAAUAAGACCUUAACAAUGAGGAGAAAUUUGGAUUCUGAAUAUUGGCAGUAGUGUGUGUUUUGAAAAGAAAUAGAAGGAGCUGUACUGGUUCGUAGGCUGAAGAAUGGUUUCUUGGGAGGAGGAAUAACUGUUGCUGACUAGAGGGCAGACAAUAUGCAGCCAGUUAUCAGAGAGGAGCUGAUGAUAUCAGUCAGCAGAGGGAGCAGAUCAUCAGAAAUAGCCUGCAGUAGGGAGGAGGGCAGGAGCUAAAUGCAGCGCGGUUGGAAGAAGAGAUGGAGAGUGAUUUCAGUGAAAGGUGAAAGUAUUUAGAGGCAUGAUCAGAUAUAGCCGAAAAUGUUAUCAGGUGGGCAAAUUUAGCAUGCAGAGAAAGGAGCAAGUGUAGUGAAUGAAAAGAAGAAAAGAGGAUAGAGCAUCCAUUCAAGCCUAAUGAGAGAGGAUAGAACAAAGAGCGAGUGAAAAACCCUCUCCUUUUUGUAAGCAACAAUAAAUUCCUGCAGUCUGCGGUUGUUGUAUUCAGCUUGUGUUCAUGCCCACAUGUCUCUUGUAAAUAUGAAUUUUAAUCUCCUGAAGCUGGCAUGUUCCACAGCAAGAUUGGUUUAUGAGAUUUUUAUCCACUGCACUGCUGCAGGAUGAUAAGUACUGGAACUAAAUGUUAAUCCUGCUGAAUCCUCCGUAAUGAACGAGGCUUUUAAAAACAAGCACAGAACACCACGUGUGUGCCAUGUGAUGAGCGACCAUGUCCCAUGUCUUUGCUGUCAUGCAGGGUCUCAGAGGAGACAAGGGAGAGGCGGGCAGCCCAGGAUUACCCGGCUUUAGUGGGCCUAAGGGCCCUGCGGUGAGUGCUACAUGUGGCAUAUUUUGAUUAGAAGAUUACUUGCACCUCAGAUAUAUGACCGACUGUGGCCGAUGUUAACUCACUACUCACUUUAAUGCAAUUUUCCAGGGUCCUCCUGGUCCAGUUGGCCCAGAGGGUAAACAGGUAAGGACUUAUCGAGAUAAUAUAACUCAUAUGAUAAUGUUUUAAAAGGUUCCUUACUCACACUGGCUAUUUCAUGGUGUUUCUUAGGGGAUCCCAGGCAGAGUUGGUGACCGUGGCUUCAAAGGAGAUAAGGUGAUUUCUGAAAAUAUUAACAAAAAUAUAUAUAUAAAAUCAGGGUAUAAACAAAUAAAGUGAUAUGAUCCUAACAGAUACUAACAUGCAACCUGAUAGACAUGACAAACAUCAAUAGUGAAACACAAUAAGAGUAUGUUGUGAGGCCAACAUUCAAUAGUCAGAUGAAAUCUGACAGUACAUGAACAAAAAAGUGAGACACUGUGGUUUCUUUUAAAAGAAAGCUAAUGUAUAUGUAACACACAAAAUUCAUGAGCCAAACAAUUUCACAAAUUUAACAAUCCCAAAAAUCCACAAUCGACUCACAAGACUCUCUCCUCCUCAUACAGGGAGAUCCCGGUAUGAAAGGGGACAAAGGACAUUCAGGAGAGUCAGGGAUGCCUGGAAACCCUGGACCCCCAGGUAGAAAGGGCCACACAGGGAUGAUGGGCAUGUCAGGACCACCUGGAGAAAUAGGACCUCCAGGUCCCCAAGGACCUUCAGGAAACCCAGGUCUCCCAGGACAAAGGGUGAGUUGUAUCAGCCUGAUGGUUACAAACCUGAUUAGAUUCUUUUUUGACAAUAAAUUCAGCUGUAGAUAAGUGAAUAACUCAAAAACAUCUCUGUUACAGGGAGAGUCAGUAUCACUGGAGCAGAUGAGACGGCUCAUCCAGGAGGAGCUGGCAAAACAAUUAGAUGGUAAGAAGGAUCUUAUCCCGUCUUAAGGCAAGACACUUCCAUGGUUAGGGAUUUUUGAUAGAACCCACUAACUUACAUGAGGUUUACCUAACUUUCCUUUGUGUCCAGCCAAAAUGGCUUACCUCAUGGCCCAGUUCCAGCCUGCUCAUGUGAAGAGCACAGCGGGUCGUCCAGGACCUCCAGGGCCACCUGGUAAAGAUGGCAGUACUGGACGUCCUGGCCCUCCUGGGGAGCCCGGUAUGCCAGGACAGAAUGGAGGAGAAGGACAGAGAGGACCCAUGGGCCCUAAAGGUAGCACAAACUCACACAGAACUGUUUAUUGUCUCCUAAAGAUUUUUAAGGUCUUUUUAAGGUCUUCAAAAUUAGUCUGUAUCAUCAUCUGUAAACAAAACUGGAAACCUUAGAAGGCACUCUGACAUUUAAGCACCUAGCUGUUAGUGCUGCUGAUAUCCUUUUCUAACUAGAUAAAAGGAUUUACAAAGCACUUUUUAAUUAAAUGUCACAUUAAAAUGUCUAAGAAAGAAAGAUAUUUUGGUUUAAAAUGCCAUUAAAACAGAAAUUGAUGGUUUGCAAAUCACUAAAAUCCAGUAUUUAGUUGGUAAAGUACAAACGUUUGUACGUACAAAUGAAUUUCACACAAGCAACACAUCCCAAAAAAGUUUAAACAGGGUGUUAAGAUCAGUUUUAAUAUUUUAAAUGAAGGCCAAACAAUUUUUAGCAUGUUAUAUAUAUUUUUUCCUUGUUUUACUUUUAUUUGGGUGUUAAAAUAUGCCACGCUGACGUAUGAGAAACAAGUGUUAACUAUUUCAGUGUUUUUGUGUUGCUGUAAUUGGUGUAUUCGUUAUCAUCAAAAAAGGGGCUUUAUCUGGCCAAGAAUCUGUCCCAGUGUAUGAUUACAUGCAAAACUAGACCUACUAUGAUUUUUCCUGUCUUCUCAAGGUGAAAAAGGAGCAAAGGGAGAAAAGGGAGAAACCGGUGUUGGUGAAAGAGGAGAGCAAGGACCUACUGGCCCAAUUGGUAAUGACCUUUUUUAGUUUUUCUUUUUCUUCUCCUUUUAGGUAUUGUCCAUCCUGUUUAUGAUCUCUUAUUCUUCCUCCCCCAUUACAGGUCCAGCUGGUCUGCCUGGUUAUGGUAAGGACGGAAGCCCAGGACAAGCUGGGGCUCAGGGAGAGCCAGGAAACCCUGGUCCUCACGGUCAGCCUGGACCACCAGGUCCUCCUGGCCAGUGUGACCCCAGCCAGUGUGCCUAUUAUGCCAGUCUGGCACAGAGACCACACACCAAAAAUGUCAAGGGGACUUAAAAAGGAAGCGAUGGGAGGAGCUUGAAGUCCAGCUGUAUUUAUGAACUCAGUUGUGUCAGUCUGAAUCAAGAACUUUUUACUUUUCAAGAUAACCUCAGUACAGAGGGUUGUGGCGUUUUGUGCUGCCGGUCAGAUAUUUUGUUCUGUUUUUGUGAUGGAGUUUGGGAUGAUGGGAAGUAAGCAUCAA